UUUUUGUUAAAAGAAGAAUGUUAACAAUCUAACUGGAGGGUAACAAGAAAGAACUUCAGAAAAGCAAUCUAUUGUUUGUCAAAGAACAAAGUGGUGGCCAUUCUUUGGAUAUCGCUGUUGUAUUGCUGUCUUCCAUCCUUGUGAAAGAAACUAUAUUGAGGUAGGUGAUGCCUGUUUGUACUUCUCUGUUUGUAUAUCUGAGCCAUGAAUGAUCCAGGGUUCACUGCCUCUGUACUCAUAAAUCCCCGAUUUGCACAUUGAGAGAAAAGAAACAUAAUAUUCUAUAUCAUUUUUAAUGUAAACUGUGGGCGAAAGCCAUGUGUGUCACCUGGUCAAAGGCAAAUCUGAUGACCUUUCAUUUCUCAGGUACAGUUGGACAAUGUAUCUAUUCUCUGAUUCUAAACAGUGUGACAAACACCCACUCACCCAAAGCCAAGAACCAGUGUCAGCAAAUGAAGGUAGAUCUCAAGGACACAGGAAAAUGUGACUCCAGCAUUUUCCAUAUUUAUUUAGUGAUAGACUUCUGCAGCCUCCGUACAGUAACUAGUGACUAAUACAUGAUAUCGUCUCCCUGUAUAAUACAAUAGAAUAUAUUUAUACAUAAAUUAACAAUAGUUAUCAUUAAGACUCUAAUCAGGGAUUGUUCCAUUAAUAAUAAUAUCAUUUAGGCUUCAACUUCUACUUGUUAGCACACUAAGCCAAAUAUUUGACUCUAAGGUGACACUAAGAUUACUAAAUAAAAAAUGCACAUAGUCUGUACCUUGCACAAAGACUUUGCUUUUUUGAGAUACAGAACCAGGUAAAUAUUUUAAAUAUAAUGUAUAUUGGGCUUGAUACAACCCAUUGAAAUAUCUGAAUAGGCGCUAUCAAAACCUUUGUUCCUCUGGGUUAGUGGUGAAAAAGGUUAUUGUGGAUUGUGGUAUGUUUCAAACAUGUUUUUGAAAUAAAAGAAUAUUUUCCUGUAAAUAUCACCAAUAUUAUUUGUAUUAUUAUAUAAUUUAACAUUAUAGCUAUCUAUGGCCCAUAAAAGAAGCAAUGUAGCAUUAGGAAAACAAAAUGGUCCCUAUCUACUUUAGUACUUUCCUCAUACCCAUUUAUCAUAAAAUUAAUAAGAAAAAAUAAUUUUAGUCAUUUUGUUUUCCAGUGCAAAGACUUACUCUGUGCUGCUCAUCUCUCCUCCACCUGCAAUGGCAUCAAGCAGGCAUGGUUUCUUCUGUAAUGGUCUACGCCAGUGCUCCUCAUACAAAAUUAAUUGCUUUCCUAUGAGCUCCCGAAUCAUGUGUUCGAGUUUUUGCUGCAGAAACGCCUCUAGUGGCUGUCAGUAUUAAAACAAAGAACAACUGCAUCCAUACCACUUAAUUGAGAUGAAAUGGUCUGGGUGACUUUAGAGGUCCUUUAAUUUCUAGUACCAAAUAUAGUCUACUAUACUAACAGUCUACUCUAAAGAUUACUCAAAAAUUGUCCUAACAGACCGACCUGCUAAUCCACUGCUUGCAGUUACUUUGCAACCUACAGACAUUUCCAUUUGUCAAUGCAAAAUUCCAAAUACAAUCUCCCCUUUUUCUUUAAUGAAGUCUUAUUAUACCAAUCGCCUGCAAAGAUCGAUGGAUAGUAAACUUACAAGAUGAGGACCCUCAUAUUCUAUUCCGAUGUGUAUAUUAAGUUAUAUGUCAUUUGAUAUUUCAUUGUCUGUCAACAUGUUUGUAAUCCUUGUCUAUUAUACCGUUCUGUGGACUUUGUCGGCGUGUUAUAAAACAUAGAUAAAAUCAUGAUGAAUAUAGUGAUAUUUAUGAGGUGUGAAAGAUAUUCAGUGCCUUAUCUUUGCAUAAUGCUGAGUGGACUUCAAUGAAAAAUCUUAUUGCAUGUGUUGCAUGUGAAACAGAUUAACCUGGCUAGGAAAUAUUAAAAUGCCCCAUGAAUUGACCUAAUUUUAAACAAAUCAGACUUCUUUAUUGUCACUUUUCUUGAGUUCAAAAAAUAAUUCAGUAUAUAUAAACUUUAAUAAAGCAUGUGUUUGACUUACUGAACAGUAGGUGGAGCAAAUGUAAAUAGCUAUAGAAGGAGGUACAGUUUAUCACUGUUCUCUGAUAGUCUUUACAAAUAAAGUGGGAUUGUCAGUUUAAGAAUUUUUAAUAUUACAUUUGCUUAAAAUUUUUUAAUUAAAAGUAGAAAGUAACACCUCUUUAUCCUGCAAUUGGAUGUCACCAUCUUAUCUCCCUGUCAGUCAUUGUUCUAAGCUCUGAUGCAAUUUGCUACUUUUUAAAUAUAACAUUAAUAGGCAACUAUAUGCUAUCAUGAAAAGGCUAAAAGGGACAUUCCAGACCCCUCAACUACUUUUAGCUUACUGAAAGGCUUUAUGUCUAAAUAGUGUGAAUUCAUUUAGCAAAAAGUGCAGAUUUCAAUAGAAAUUGACACUUUUAUAAAUUAACCUGGUUACACCCCCUGGCUCUUAAGCAGACAAUAGGUCCUGUUACUUCCUGGUUUGCUUAGCUCAGUGGAGCUAAACUCAAGAGGCAGCAAUUGCUCAGAGCAUCUGCCUUGCACUGAAUUCUCAUUGAGCUGCAUUGGGAAGUCUGUGAUUGGACAGCCACAGAAAGUCUGGGCGGGAUUAGAAUAGGAGGGCUUGCAAAAGUUGCAGACAAUAGAAUUGCAGAUUUUGCAAGAGUUUUUUUUAGAUAUAAUGACAAUGAAAAAAAUGCAUAAAUAAAAGCAUGCAUGCUGUCAUUUUGGGUGUAUCUACUAAACAGUAAUGUGUAUUUAUUUUGUAUUUUAGCAGUGAUGUGUCCCUUUAACAUAAGUUAUAGAUGAUUUUCAAUGUUUUAUCAAAUAGUGUAAAUACCAAAGAAAUUACAUUCCCAUUUAACUGACUCUUUUUCUGAAGACUUUCUUUUUAUAUAAUUACUGUUAUUUCAUUUUACUUGUAAUACUCUGUACUCAUUUGAUUCGUGUUAGAAGUCUUCUAACUCACUGGUAUCCAAACCAGUCCUCAAGGCACACCUACCAGUCCAGGAUUUAGGAACUACCAGGUUGUGCCAAGGUUUUUUUUUUCUUUUUUCUAAAAACACCUUAGACGCCUUACACAACUGGCUAAUCCCCAAGUCCUGGACUGGCGGGUGUGCCUGGAGGACUGGUUUGGAAACCAGUAUCUAACUAGUCAACAAUAUAAUUCUCCCAUUUCAACAGAAAUGUUAUUUCAAAUACAUUUGAGCAAUAUGAUGAAGUAUGCCCAGUGAUUAAUUCCAAAAGUUGUUGCAAAAUCUCACACAAAAGGCAUCUAUUUGUUGCAUGGAUGAGUGGAAUUUAAAAGUUACUUUAAGCACCAAAGCUACUUCAGUGAAUUCAGUGAAUUAAGUGGUCAUGGUACCUGGAGUCUGUACAUGCAGAAAUCUGCUUUGAAAUACUGUGUAACUCCUCCUCUGAUGGGGUGCCACCAGAAAGUCCAGAACUAGAGUUCCUGGCUGGCUAAUGUCAAUUCUGUUCAACACUGACCUCUCUCAGUCAAUGACAUCCUGAGCACCAAGUGUUGAACUAUAGUUCUGGACCUUCUGAUGGCACCCCUAUGAAGCAGUCGGAGGAGGAGAAUGUCAUUGACUGAAAGAGGUCAGCUGAGGCUCAAAUGUUGGCUGCAGAAGCCAGGAGCACUUCACUGUACAACUAGAAAGCAUCUGAGUCCAGUGGGGACCCAGGUCAGAGGAAAACCAUUGCUAAAUGAAGUAACCAAGAGAUAGUGUAAUGGAACAAUUUAACCAAGCCACCAGACCUCACUUUGUCCCUCACACUCUAUCUGACGGGUGGGUUUAGGAAUAAAUUAUGAGAAUGGAAUUUCUGAAUGAGGAGGGUGUUUGAACGAUUGGGCGAGGUCUAAUGAAGUCUAAACAUAACAGGUCAUUCAUACUGUUUAUGAAUGAUUACAAGUUGUACAAUGUUCAGUAGAAAGCUGGGAGCUGAACUAAAACUUGGGAGGAACGUCUACGUUAUGCUAACUGGACAUUUGUUGAGCACUUGUGGAGAACUGUGUAUGCGGCGGCGCCAUUUUCAUUCAAUCUCAACAUUAAAGGACCACUAGAGGCACCCAGAGCACUUCAGCUUAAUGAAGUGGUCUGGGUGCCUGGUCCAGCUAGGGUUAACACUUUUUUUUUAUAAACAUAGCAUUUUCAGAGAAACUGCUAUUUUUAUAAUAGGGUUAAUCCAGCCUCUAGUGGCUGUCUCAUUGACAGCUGCUAGAGGCGCUUCCGUGCUUCUCGUUGUGAUUUUCACAGUGAGAAGACGCCAGCGUCCAUAGGAAAGCAUUGUGAAUGCUUUCCUAUGAACUGGCUGAAUGCUGGCGCGGCUCCUGCUGCGCAUGCGCAUUCAGCCGAUGACGUCGCUAUGAAGGAGGAGAGGAGGAGGAGAGCUCCCCGCCCGGCGCUGGAGAAAGGUAAGAUUUUAACCCCUUCCUCUCUCCAGAGCCCGGCGGGAGGGGGACCCUCAGGGUGGGGGCACCCUCAGGGCACUAUAGUGCCAGGAAAACGAGUAUGUUUUCCUGGCACUAUAGUGGUCCUUUAAGCCUUCAAGUAAUUAUAAUAAAAACAAAUUGCAAAGAUACCGUGUUUUUAUAAAUAUACAAAGACAGCUUGAUUGUGUUCCAUUCUUUUCAUUAUAAUCCACGUCUGAAGACUCAAACAAGCAAUACCUGAUCUUCCACAAAGUGAAAAUAAAACACAUUGUAUCACAGUCUUGAAAGCUUCAUUUCAUUUGAAUGUAAGUAAAUGGGAGUUAUCCUGCAUUACUGUGUAUAUACUGUGAGUGCAAGCCCUGAUGACAGUCCUAUGACUGUAACGAGCAGUCCCCAUUCAUUCUGAUGGCAAAUUGCUGUACAGGCAAUCGUACACACCAGGAGUGUAUGCACAUACAUGCCUCCUGCAGCAUUUCUAUUAAGAUUAAAGUGAUAAUAGAAAAUCAGGAGACUCUCGAUUUGCCCGAUAGCUUAUGAAAUUGUCAACUUGUAUGAUAGGUGGGUCACUGGGGGAUGGAAAGCACCCGAGGCCCGUGUCAAUCUCAACUAUCGAGCCAACAGAUGAACACUGUAUCUUUAUUUAACUUCGGCCUUGAUUUAGUAAACUUUCUAAAUGAGUCAAUCCUGAUAAAAAAAAAAAAAAACUUCCCAGUGAUUUAUCUACAGAUGUCACCAUUAAGGAAUAUAGGAAUUUUUGCAGAUUAAUAAUUUUCCAACAGUAUUGAUUAAUUUAUAGAGUGUAUUAAAUUGAUUGUUUGUCAGCAAUAUUUGAUUUGAUUUUUUUCUUACUCAGACAUAAUUCUUGAACAUUAUUUUUCCAGUUGAGUUCAUGUUACAAUUACUUGCUAGAAGAGGUCCUGCAAAAUCAUAUACUGGUGCUUGGUUUGGGAACCCGUGCGUCCCACUGCGUUAAAUCCUGAAAAUGUUUGUAAACCAAUAGAAAUGAUAUUCACAAAAAAAAAAGAAAGAAAAAGGAGAGAAAAAGGUUUUAUAGUCAAGAGAAAAAAAAUAUUUCAUUUAUGCAUGCACAAAUAACCCUUGCAUAUUUAUUCAUGCUAAAAAAUAUUGCCCCUUCAGAUUCAAUAAUAAGAAAAUUGUUCCCCAUUGCUUGCAUGCAUCUGCUCUAUUUAUUUCUUUGAAUGAAUAUGAACAUCUAUAUAGUGAGCAUUGGUGAGAUUGGUUAGAACUCACCAUUCUAAGUUUCUACGUUUAGUUUAAUCUUUUUUUUUUUUUUUUAAAGGACACUAUAGUCACCCCACAAAAAACUGUUAUGAUGUAUAGACCAUGCUUCUGAUGUUUCACUGCUCAAUCCACUGCCAUUUAGGAGUUAAAUCCCUUUUGUUUCUGUAUAUGCAACUCUAGCCACACCUCCCCUGGCUGUGACUGACACAGCAUUCAUGAAAACAAAAUAGCUUCACUUUCAAUCAGAUAGUAACUUACUUUUAAAGUUUUUAUCUCCUGCUCUGUAAAUCUUACUUUAAUUGCAUACAGAAGGCUCCUGCAGGGUAUAGCAAGCUAUUAACAGAGCAGGAGAUAAGACAUUUUAAAUUAUACAUAAUGUGCAAUAAAGGAAGGAUACACAUUAGAUUACUUUUUACAGGAAGUGCUUUGCAAGGAUAUUUAAGUCACAUGCAGGGAUGACAAACAAAGUUAUUUACAUCCAAAAUGGUAGAACAUUGAGCAGUGAGACUGCAGGGGUAUGAUUUAUACACCAAAACUACUUAAUUAAACUAAAGUUGUUUUGGUGACUAUAGUGUCCUUUUAAAUUUAAUUGCCAUUCGUAUUUUUGAAACAUAGGAUAAAUAGGUAAUGUGUGUAUUUACACAGCUAAGCAACUGACAGCACUGAGUGAGCUGAGCUGUAGGGAGACAAGCAGCCUUCAGUAAAAGGAUCAGACAAACAUGUUGAACAUCACGCCUGCUGCUUCUCUGACUGUUUACAGCUAGGUAUAGGAUAGACAGAAGAAGCAUCAUUGCAUACAAUAAGCAAAACAGCCUACACUAGAUCAAAACACGUAGACACGCAAUAGACAGACGUGUAGUGAUCUAUGUACUGUUUCGCUGACUGUCUGCAGCUUUAGUGUAUAUUGAAUGAAGUAGCUGCAAUGUCUAUUUCCAGGGAGCAGAGCAACACAGCCAUGUUUGACAAAUAUUAUACCCAUUGCACAGCGCUACAGAAUUUGCUGGCGCUAUAUAAAUAAUUAAAUAAUAAUAAUAAUACCCCAUGGAUUGGUAACUGCAGGGCCACUACCAGAGCAGCGCAAUGCUCUGUGCAGUGAUAACCGGUCACACAGAUAACGGGGGUAAUUUGUCUUUGUUUUAGGAUUAGACUGGGAACAUCUGACACACCCUUUAUGGACCCCUAUGUGGACGUUGUUCUCAAAAACCUGAAUGUUUCUCUGUCAAAUUGUUAACCUUUUUUUGUGGCACUGAAAUAAUAUAAUUAAAUGAUAAUAUUAAUUAUAAUAAUAAUAAUAAUAAUAAUAAUAUAUUUACAUUGUAAUUAUUUUUCAUGAUUACCUGUUAAAAGGUCCUUUUCUUUUUUUGCUCCAUCACAUUGUUGCCGUAUCAUGGUUCCGUAGGGAAGGAAUACAUGUGGAAAUUUGGCUGUGAAGUUACUAACAUUCACACGACAAGGUUAUUCAAAUAGACUUAUCACAAACAGAUACAGCACGAAGGCAUUCCUUUACCAAAUAAUCGCGAGUUUUGGUGUUGAGUUUGUCUUUUAUUCGAGAGGCAGAAUUUAACCCUUGAAGUAGCAAUAACUAUUUAUACAGAGACCACAAACGGUUUCCUAGAGACACCGUGACAUCAUCGAAUGCACUAUGUAUAUACCUUUAGCAGUGAUAUCGAGCCAUGCUAAACCUAAUAUAGUAGGAUGUUAAGUGUGAGAGUAAGAUCUUUAUGGACCAGAUAGUUAUGUCAACAUUAACCAUCAUUGGUUCUUAAAGGGACACUCCAUACACUUAAUGCAGUUUAAAGCACUUUAGCUUCCUGAAGUGCUUUAUGUAUAAGGAGUGUGCCCUCUUUUUUCAUUUUACAAAAAGUGCAGAUUUCAAUAGAAAUUGGCACAUUUAUAAAUUAACCUUGUUACACCCUGCAUGGCUGUCAAUCAGACAACCAGCCUGGCUACUUCCUGGUUUGGUUAGCUUAUUUGCACUGAACUCAAGAGGCAGCAAUUUUGCCUCGGGAAACCUGCCUUGCAAAGACUUCUCAUUGAACUGCAUUAAGCAGUCUGUGAUUGGACAGCCACAGAAAGUCUGGGCAGGGUUAAAAUGGGAGGGCAUGCAAAGGCUGCAGACAAGAGAUCUAAAACAUUUGCAAACUACAGGGAGUGCAGAAUUAUUAGGCAAAUGAGUAUUUUGACCACAUCAUCCUCGUUAUGCAUGUUGUCUUACUCCAAGCUGUAUAGGCUCGAAAGCCUACUACCAAUUAAGCAUAUUAGGUGAUGUGCAUCUCUGUAAUGAGAAGGGGUGUGGUCUAAUGACAUCAACACCCUAUAUCAGGUGUGCAUAAUUAUUAGGCAACUUCCUUUCCUUUGGCAAAAUGGGUCAAAAGAAGGACUUGACAGGCUCAGAAAAGUCAAAAAUAGUGAGAUAUCUUGCAGAGGGAUGCAGCACUCUUAAAAUUGCAAAGCUUCUGAAGCGUGAUCAUCGAACAAUCAAGCGUUUCAUUCAAAAUAGUCAACAGGGUCGCAAGAAGCGUGUGGAAAAACCAAGGCGCAAAAUAACUGCCCAUGAACUGAGAAAAGUCAAGCGUGCAGCUGCCACGAUGCCACUUGCCACCAGUUUGGCCAUAUUUCAGAGCUGCAACAUCACUGAGUGCCCAAAAGCACAAGGUGUGCAAUACUCAGAGACAUGGCCAAGGUAAGAAAGGCUGAAAGACGACCACCACUGAACAAGACACACAAGCUGAAACGUCAAGACUGGGCCAAGAAAUAUCUCAAGACUGAUUUUUCUAAGGUUUUAUGGACUGAUGAAAUGAGAGUGAGUUUUGAUGGGCCAGAUGGAUGGGCCCGUGGCUGGAUUGGUAAAGGGCAGAGAGCUCCAGUCCGACUCAGACGCCAGCAAGGUGGAGGUGGAGUACUGGUUUGGGCUGGUAUCAUCAAAGAUGAGCUUGUGGGGCCUUUUCGGGUUGAGGAUGGAGUCAAGCUCAACUCCCAGUCCUACUGCCAGUUCCUGGAAGACACCUUCUUCAAGCAGUGGUACAGGAAGAAGUCUGCAUCCUUCAAGAAACAUGAUUUUCAUGCAGGACAAUGCUCCAUCACACGCGUCCAAGUACUCCACAGCGUGGCUGGCAAGAAAGGGUAUAAAAGAAGAAAAUCUAAUGACAUGGCCUCCUUGUUCACCUGAUCUGAACCCCAUUGAGAACCUGUGGUCCAUCAUCAAAUGUGAGAUUUACAAGGAGGGAAAACAGUACACCUCUCUGAACAGUGUCUGGGAGGCUGUGGUUGCUGCUGCACGCAAUGUUGAUGGUGAACAGAUCAAAACACUGACAGAAUCCAUGGAUGGCAGGCUUUUGAGUGUCCUUGCAAAGAAAGGUGGCUAUAUUGGUCACUGAUUUGUUUUUGUUUUGUUUUUGAAUGUCAGAAAUGUAUAUUUGUGAAUGUUGAGAUGUUAUAUUGGUUUCACUGGUAAUAAUAAAUAAUUGAAAUGGGUAUAUAUUUGUUUUUGUUAAGUUGCCUAAUAAUUAUGCACAGUAAUAGUCACCUGCACACACAGAUAUCCCCCUAACAUAGCUAUAACUAAAAACAAACUAAAAACUACUUCCAAAAAUAUUCAGCUUUGAUAUUAAUGAGUUUUUUGGGUUCAUUGGGAACAUGGUUGUUGUUCAAUAAUAAAAUUAAUCCUCAAAAAUACAACUUGCCUAAUAAUUCUGCACUCCCUGUAUAUUUAAAAAAAUGCAUAAUUAAAUUAUGGGUAUAUCUAGUAAAUACUAUUUUUAAUUUGUUUAUCAAUUUUUGUGUUGAUGAUUUUGUUGAUUAUUCCAUGAGUAGAGGGGCCUCUCAUUUCCCUGGCACUGAUUUUGCAGUCCUUAUAAUUGAUCAUUAGAGGGAAGGAUACAUAAAGGCCUGCUGGUUGAUAGUUUACCAGUCCUAUCUUUCUCAGUGCCCACAUACCUGCUCCUUAAAUUAACCUACCACCCACUGAACAUUAAGGAUGAAAAUGGGAGGAUGCGGGUGGCUUGUGUCACAACCAUUUCGGUGUCCUUGAUUAACAGACGUCCUGGAGUCCCCAGUUCUUUUUAUUUUAUUUGUUUGUUUGUUUGUUAGUUUAUUUAUUGAUAUGUUUUGUAUUUAGCUGUCAGUAUGUCUUCUUUUAUUUUAUUUUUCUGAUACCAUUCUUGGUGCUGAUUGGCUGAGAAGCCAGCAGUCAAGGAGUUCUCGUUAGCAAAUCGGAAUCAAGGAGACUCAGGAUUGGUCCAAUUUUGGUUUGUUUACAUUUCUUCUUUCCCAACACUCAUCUGUGGGAGGAAGAUCCCCAGAUCUCAAGCAGCUGUCUUGAGCUAACCUGAACCAAUUUUUUCAAGUGAAAGGAAAUGUCAAAAUGUAUGGCUUUAUUCACCAAAUAGCGGAUCGUGAGAAACGGACAAGGGCAUUACCAACUUCAGACCAAAAUGGAGGAACUGUAAACAUUCUCCUGUUAAUUAUCAAAUAUUGUCUGUUUUGUAAAAUACCUUUUUAAUCGAUAAAGAAAGCAAAAUUCUACAUAUACACGUUGAUUUUUUAAUUUUAUUUUUAAAAACAGAAAACAAAAAGCCACAUAUUCCAUAGCAAGGACAAAUUUAAAUAAGGAUUUAAAAGUAGUUUAUUUUUCUCGUUUAAAGAUAUUUCACAUCUAAAGCUUUUGGAAUUGUUGCAAAGAAUGGGUUGGGUGAAAAUAUGUUAAAUGUUUACUGUACUUCAGAUUCCUAUCUGUAUCUAGUAUUAACCGAAAUCACUGCUGCUUUCUGAAGUUUCACACCAAAAGAACAAACACAUAUGUUUACAAUGGAUGCAAUCACUAACAUAAACAUAAUAAAAACAGCCCCUUUAACUCUGGGUCCAGGUAAACAACAUUCUGCCUCCCAAUUGUGUCACUUUCUAUAAGAUAAUAGGUAAAGACACUUUAAAUGCUACAUGAAUUGUGCUUGUUGGCAUUGCAGACAGCUCAGGGAUAGGUGUAGCUCUGUACAGCACCAUAACGCCCAUUGUACAGCGCUACAGAAUCUGGUGGCGCUAUAUAAAUAAUAAAAUAAUAAUAAUAAAAAUGCCCACAAAGCUCAGGCAGAAUAAUUUGAGCUGAAUUUCAAAGCAGCUAAGGUGGGCGCUGGCUGAGUGUUAUUGGAUUUAUAGUCCACAGUUACAGGACAGCAGAAAUGGUUUAACAGUGUGGGUUACAGUGUCAUACUGAGUACAGGAAUGCAGGGCUUCUCUGACUGUGAGAAACACAAGUUAUCUCGAAUUAGGUAUUGAUUAACUUUCCGCACAGUCUCAGACACAUUUGUCUUAAUAUUCAAAACACUGGAAUAAAAGAAAGACAGUUAAAAAAAAAAGAAAUGACUUUCCAGGACAGUUUCCAAAGUUCAGCCACAUUCUUUAUAAAUACAACCAAUUUCCUUGCAGCCAGGUGUGCACAGACUGGGUGUUGAGAGUUGGUUCAUUGCCCUGUAUGGGCUGGGAAUUAUCUUAAGACACACUGCUGAUGACAUCACUCAAAGUUCUCAAAUUGCAAUUCCUCUGUUGUUGAUCAGGUACUACUUACAAGUAAGACUUGAACUGACUUGUUUUCUGGGAUUUCACAGCACAGAGGUGACAGGAUUUUGCAGUUUUUAAGGAAGGCUGUGCAAGCCAUGACUUAAUUGGUAGUAAGGAUCUGUGAAUGCAGGUAAGUCUGACUGGUCGAUUCUGUGAUACAAAGUAUUCUGGAGCUGUAUAUACUGUCAACAUUUCUUUUUAUACGUUUUGUAAUAUGGUUCCUUCCUUGCUAGUUUUCAAGUUGUGUAAACAACAGGAAACAUCUCAACAAAACGUUUUGAAAGGCUACAAAAUACAAAGUGUUUUAAGUCAAAACAAAUAAAGCACUUUGCAGUUAACACACCAAAGCAGAGAUUGAUACAUUUUUUUUAAUGUGAAGGAGUUCACUUUCUUUUGACAAGUGGUUUAGUUUUGUAUGUGGGGUUCAAAAAAUUGUAUUGAUUGUGUAAGACUCAUGUAAAAUUAUUUGACAUAAAUUUUUGACAUUGUUAAGUCAAGCAAAUCCGUCUGGUUUAUCUGUCAGUAAAUAUAUAAACAGUAUCUGUGUAUGCAUAUGACAUCUAUAUGUAGUUAUGUUGGUUAUAUUUAGCAAUAUCCUGAAUUCUGUCAAUUUGGCAAUUGUUGCUCCUAUUUUAAGGACACAUAGGGUGUAUUUAUGAUACAGAGAACUGUGGUGGGAUUUAAACCAAAAUGUGGGUCAAAAAUUCGAAUUUUUGUUUUGUUCAAAGUAGCUAAUUUGGUGCUACUUUUGCAGAUUUGAUUUUAUAUUACGUCACUUUACUGUUUAGUUAAUAAACCUCAGUAAUUUCUAUGCUUGUCUUUUACAGGAAAUGUUUUUUAUAGUGUACACAUAUAUACAUGCAUAAAUAUGUGUGCUUGUGUGUGUGUGUUCACGCUCGUGUUUUGUGUAUUUUUACACAUUGGUUCUGUCAGCUGAUUUGCGAUAUCAGAGCCAUAGUAUAUUAUUACACUGGUCCAGUGUGUUUUUGCACAUGCAGACCACUUAUUCCACUUCAUUAAAAUAAACACCUGUCCCCAUACUAUUUAUUAAACAAUUUCAGGGGGGUUUCAGAUCAAACUUCAGAAAUCUAGGCCACGAUUGUUAAACCGGAAAAAUAUCACCCACUUGAUGGAGUUACAGAUGUUCCUUAUCUGUUUGUUAAACUGUUUGACAACUCAUUGAUUAGUCAUUUGUUGCAGAUAAUUUUAUGAAAGCAUUUAUAAAGGUAGAUAGCUCUGUCUGUGUGUCUGUCUACAUCUGUUGGUCUAUUUGUCUGUCUGUCUUUCUGUUUAGCUGUCUGGUGGAUAGUGUAAAAUGACUGUAUGUAAAUAGUACAUUGACUAAUUCUGGUGUAUUCCUUCACACUGCAUCUUAUUCACUCUGAAACCUCCUGAUUGAAACAUAGGCUUCCAUACUCUUAGAAUUCCUUCACUGUCAGAUAGUUCUGCAACUUUAGCUUUUCAACUCCCAUGAUGCUUUGCCAAUUUAAGCAACAUCUGGGGAUCUUUUUGGUUCCCAUCUUAUUCUUGAUGUGAUCCUUGUUUUUGGCUACUCUCUCAUAUGUACUAGUGUCAUCCAGAUAGAAGUGUCACAUUCAAAGGGUUAUGUCUAAUUGGAAUUUAAACCAACAGGUAGUUGCUGCCUGAUGCUUAUUAUUAUUAUUAUUAUUGCCAUUUAUAUAGCGCCAACAGAUUCCGUAGCGCUUUACAAUAUUAUGAGAGGGGGGAUUUAACUAUAAAUAGAAUGAUUACAAAAAACGUACAGGAACGAUAGGUUAAAGAGGACCCUGCUCAAAUGAGCUUACAGUCUAUAGGAGGUGGGUUAAAUACUUCAGUGAUCACAUGCUGAUUGUCUUUCUUUGCAAACGUUAAUUUUUUUAAAUUGGGUUUACUGACUAAACCAAGAGCUGCGGAGAAUAAAACGAUGAGCCUUCGUGCUUUCUAGUAGUUUUUGGCUUAAUUUUCUAAAUACAGUUCUGAGUUCAACAAGGUUUAUGGUUUUGUUUUUAGAAGUUGCAUUUUUCGAAGCUGCUUGCUAAGAAAUAAUAACAUUCUCACCUGUAAAAACUACGGUUGGUUUGGGGGUAAUUAAAUGCAGUACACCCAUUGCACUUCAAAGAGCUACAGUAUAGCAGGUCAUAUUACAGACUGCCCUGUGUCUAUAAUGACCUGCUCUUCUUGACAGUAGUUAAAACCAGUUUAAAGAGCCCUAAUCCUACACUAGACAUGCACAACCUGACUUUCAUGGACUAAACUAACCCGUUCAGUGCUGCAGCGGAGAAUUGCAAAGUUCAGCUCUUUGCAGCAGCACUGAAGGACAUGCAGGUGCAAUGAUAGUAACAUUUAAGUAUUGGAUUCCCAAGAGCAACUGAAUAUCAUAGGCAUCCCUGAAAUGGUUCGUUCUUAAGCAACAAAAUAAAAUACUGGGGUUCUUGUGGCUCAAUUGUAGCCAAGAAAGGCACGACCACCAAGUUGCACCCCUUUAUCCCAUGUCAUAAGAUGUGACCUUUUCCUGUAGCUUCCUUACCACCCCCAUGAUAUAGAAUGCAUGGAUAAUUAAGAAUAUAUUCCAGGGGUCCUGUAGAAUGCAAUCCUCUGUAUUAAGGUUUACCCACUGUAAUUUCUCUAGACUUUAGUACAUAGUUGAAACGAAGCCUAGAGUGGACCGUAUUUUAACACGACAGAUCAUAUACUGUGUGGAUGGUGACUUUGCCUGUCUGUGAGUUAUUCCCCAUAAUUAAUGGGUAAUGAUGCACAGAUCACCUCCUUACAGUCUGUGGGAAUCAUUCACAGAUAGACAAUAAUAAACUGGUCUACCCAAGAUUAGUGGGAGUUACACUCCACUGUGGUACCUGCAGUCAUUGUAAUGACAGCACCUGCUGCCCAACAAUCUAGCUCCCACCAAUCCCAUCCAGCAAUAGGACAUGUAUUUCACAAUGCUACCCUUAAAGUAAAAAAUUCUAUUUAACCUUUACACUACCCUAACAUACAUUACUGUUACACACUACACUAUACAUUAACUCUUACAUUACCAUACAACAGUAGACCUAUCACUAAACAUUAGCCUACAUGAAACAUUAACCCUUGCACUACACAAAUACUUUUUUUUACAAUCGGGUAGUAGAGUUCUGCACACUAGUAUAUUGAUGCACCAGAGAUAUGUAGGGGAGUUCCGCUAGCCCCAAUAUAAAUUCAGAAGUACAGAGCCACAGGUUACACAGUGAACGGUGAAAAGUAAUGUAUAUUUAAUUAUGGCCGAAACGGCAUAUAUUUGUUUCGUCUCUUGGACCAUAAUUAAAUAUACCUUUCUUUUCACCCUGCAAUGUGUAGCCUAUGGCUCUGUACUUCUACUUUUUUUACAAUGCUAUUUCUGUUUUGUACUAUGGCCUGAGGUAAUUUAAGGCACUGAAAGGCGACUAAGUAAUGUCACAGGAAAUGACAACCGUUCCACAAAAUAACAGCCAGUAUCAACAGUCUCAUUCUGAGGAAUUAGUUACAGGAUAACUGUAGCAGCCAAAUAAUUCUGAACUUUCUUGAAAAGGUUGCAGAUAUCAGCAAAAAAAGAAAAGAAACAGAAAAUCUCUCUUAAAAGUAAAACUUACAAACAUUAUUUUUUCUUUUCUUCUUUACACUUUCACUUUUCCAGUAUUUAAAAAAACCAGUUUCCAAGCCGCGGUUGCGUACCAUUCUGUACUGUGCUAUAGGGAUACGUCUUACUAAUAUAAUCACUCUUGGUAACAUUGCACUCCAUUGUAGAGAUGGAAGAGAUGGCCACGCUGCACAUGGCGCUAUUUUCACAGGCUACAUCUACUUCUCCUUGAAUUAUGCAACAUAACAACUUGGCAAGAUUUCAAAGGUAUCAAGUUCUCCUCCGUGCCCAGAGUGGCUAAUAACUGCAUCGAUUUGCAAAAAUUGCUGACGUUACUACGUGCAUAGACCACGUUCUCAUCCAUCUUCCAGGGCAUAGACUGCAAAUAACCUUAGUGAAUAACAUUACCACUGAUAUCAGCUGAAUCAAUUGGCAGUGGGGGCUAAGCUAUAUAUCCUAUAACCCCGAUGGGAAUUUUGUAGGAUAAUGAUGCAUCCCUCUAAUACGUUAUUUGCCACAAAACACACUGCUUUAACCUGCCACCAUUCCCCCUUCUACUAAUCGGAUUACUCCAAAAUGAGCAGUACGUGUCAUGAUAAAGAUUACUGCUGUCAGGAAUGGAAUCUCAAGCUAAAUCCACUACACAAUGUACAAAUGUUUUUGCGCUACUUCUGUCUUCCUACCCUACAACCUGUGCUCUUGACCCUAUUCCCUCACAUUUAACUUUUUCUCUGCCCUCCUCAGUUGCUUUGUUUCUUACUAAAAUGCCCAGUCUUUCACUCUGCUUUGGUGUCUUUCCUGCAACCUUUAAGCACGCAACCAUAAUUCAUGUAUUAAAAAGCCCAACCUGUACCCAAAUACGAAAUCCAACUACCACCUCAUUGCUCUAUCAUUUGCCUCCAAGAUCCUGGAGAAACUUGUAUAUUCCAGACCGAUUAACUUUCUCAAAUCUAACUCUCUGUUUGACCCACUUCAUGAUUCAAUUACUGCGAAACCCAAGUGUCACGGCUCCCGUCUAAUUUUUCUGGACUUUCCUGCUGAUUUUGAUAAUGUCAUACUUUACCCGUUAUAAAGUUAUCUAUGUAACUAUCUCAUGAUUCUCCUCCUACCUCUUCCAGUACUCUCUCGGUUUCUUUUUGUCUGAUGCUUCCUCCCCUCUGCACCUCUCUUUGUCUGUGUUGAGGUCCUAUUCUCUGUCUUCUUCUUCUUCUAAUGCCUCUCUUGGACUACUAAUCAGUUCUUUGGUAUGGAGUAUCAAUUUAUGCUGAUGGCACUCGGUUCUACCUGUAUUUUCUAGAUAUCUCUAGUUCCCAUUCGAAUCAUGUCUCUAGCUGUUUCCCUGUCAUUUGUAACUGGAUGACCGCUCGCAUUCUUUAACGUCUCUCCAAAGCAGAACUUCUUGUCUUCCUCCUUCAAAAACUACUGCCCCCGUGCCACUUUCCCUGAAGGUCAUUGAUCCUAUCAACACAGCCCCAGAGACUUGCUGUCUUGGCAUUCUUUUAGAUUCCAACCUCUGCUUCACCCCUCACAUCCAGUCAAUCACUAAACCCUGUCAUUUCCAUCUGCAUCUACCACUACGUAACAUCAGAUACAGCUAUGGUGCUCGUCCAUACCACCAUCAUAUCAUAAACCUUUAAUAUCCUUCCUUACUCCUCCCUCCCCACAUUCAAUAUCUAGUUCUAUUGCAAGAACUAUGAUUGCAAACAACGGUUUAAUUUGUGUGAGAUGUGUAAUUAAACCCGACUCCCCUCUGACUUAUUAAAUAUACUAACAGUGUUUGAGCUGGUGCUGUACGCCCAACUUGUUUUGUUGCAACUUCUUGUUUGUUGUGCUGUUCUGCAGAAUCUCUAACUGCUUGUAAAUAAUAGUAAUCGUAAUAAUAAUAAUAAUAAUAAUAAUAGCAUUGUACACACCACCUACUACUUCUAAAUCCUAUAUUUUAACUCUAAUCGUUGUCAUCCAUUGGCAAUUGUCAACCCAUGUACCUAGGGUCUCCAUUCAAUUUUAGUUCUUCCCAUUUCUGUGUUUUGUUUUCAUGUCUGUAACCUUUGAGUUUAUAACAUACACAGAGGCAUGCUUAUAGCAAUAUUUACAGGCAGGUGGAUUGAUUGCAAUCAGUUAAGACAUUGCGAAACAUGUUUCAGUGAAACAUGGAACCUUCUGUAUACUGGGUAAACACAUGUCUCAAUAUUGUAACCUUACAGCUAUAAAACCACAGCCAUUGUCUCUGGCUGGCCAAUGUACGUCUGAGACAAAUUAUCUGUUGUUUGUUUAACCAUGGCUACGGGAGUACUACAGUUACAAUUAUUUAUAUAGCGCCAACAUAUUGUGUAGCGCUAAACAGUAAUUACACAAGACAAACAUUUAAUUGUAAGAAACAUGUGUCACACACAGGAACAGUAUGUGAAGAUGACCCUGCCCAAAUUAUCCUAUGAUCUACGCUCCUGUACUGACACUGUUUAAAAGGUACUUGUUAAAAACGACAUGGUGCCAUUUCUUUGAAGAAAAACUCUAUGUCCAAAUCGCAUAUAUUUGUAAUGCAUAUUUUUAAUGGCUGCAGAAAACUAUGCAGUUACUAAAAUUUGCACAAAUAGAGAAGCAUUGAGGACAAAUCUCUACUCCAAAGUGUCUCAUAAGGAUAAGUGGUUUUAUUGAGAUUUAUAGGUUCAUAGAAAAAAAACAUAGUUUAGAACUAUAUUGGUUUAAGCGCCUCAUCAGUUCAAGUAUUCAUUUUUGGUAACUUUCUAAAGAAAAGGCUGCUGUGGACUAAAAUUCUUACCAGGCUCAGUUAACCAUUGGAUGAGAUUGAUUGGAGUUGUAUUCCACAUAAGUUGUUGAGGAAGCUGUUUCCUUACUAUGCCAUUACAACCACAAUUUUCUAUUUCUGGAUUACCUUUUCAAAUUUUUGAAUACUUUGGAUAAACUUUUCAAAUAUAUAUUUUAUCAAAAUAUUCAAAUAUCAAAAAUAUAUCAUAUAUAACAAGAAUUAUAAAAUCGAGGCCUACAUUAAAUGUAUAAUUUAACUCUCACUAGUCUCAGCCAAAAUCUCAUUAAGUACGAUAGUUGAAGUUGUAAUCCAGCAGAGUUAGGCAAAUGUUGCAUGCAAUUUGAUUGGAUAUAAAUUCCUAACAUAGGCCUCAAUUUAAUAUUUUUGGAUAAAACUUUAAAAUGAUUGUGCGCCAUAGCCAUUGACCUAUGAACUACAGCUACGCCUGGUUGUGAAAGGCGCAACUGGCACAAAGAAUUCUAGGAUUGAACCUCAAGCACUGCAGGAUGCACUUAGUUGUUAUAGAACAGGGGUAGGCAACCUACGGCACUCCAUAUGUUGCAGACUACAUUUCCCAUGAUGCUUUGCCAGUAUUAUGGCUGUAGGCGCAUUAUGGGAGAUGUAGUCCAAAACAUCUGUUAUAGAGCCUGUUAUAGGGCUUACCUAUCAAUAAUGAGAUUAGUAUAAGUACAGAUAUGGAGUGUGAUUUAAGCCAUCGAGUGACUUGAGUCAAAUUAAUUGCAUUUUGAGCCAAAUUUCAUUCAGUGGAGCAAUAACCAUGGCAACCAAUAGAAUUCUCCUGUUAAUUGGCCCACAUUUAUUCUACUGGCCAGAAUUGCUUUUUAUCUAUAAUCCUUAUCGUGUAAAUCUCUUGGGUUUAAAAGGUUAAGUAACAGCUGUCCCUGGCAAUGCACACUUUCCUGUUUUUUCUCUCUUGACAUGUAAAUAGAACAGUCCGACUGUAUUCCUUGGAAACAGGUACAAGUGAUUUCUUUGAAGUUCCAGACUGUGUUAAUAAAAGCAUAAGCUGUAUUAUUAUUAUUUUUUUUUAGGGAAGACUGAAAACAUUUGAACCAUUCUUGGAUUACUUUUUUUUUUUUUUUUUCAUGCGGCAAAAUAAUCUUUGAUUUUGACUUUCUUUGAUGUUUCAAUUAACAUGUUUAGUUUUGUGUCUGCUACAAGCCCUAAAAGAAAAAAUACUCCUUGAAAUAGGAAAGUUGAACGUGUUCUAGUGUAAAAAAAGAAUGCCUUAAAUGUCAAGAAUUUGAAAACUGCCACCCUGCUGUGGGCUCGCUGUUCGUGGCAAAAUGGAGCCACUGGUGUGUGUACAUCAGUUCAACAAUGAUCUCCUUUGACAGAGCCCUAAACACUGAAUGGAUUAGUUUACUCUCAAUAAUAUGGUUAAUUACUAGACAAUUCACAUUGAAUCUCAGAAGUGUAGAAACAGCCUGAAGAUGGACGGACAGACAGAUUUAAUUUUUCACAAAAAAAACUCUCAAACUUAAAAAAAACAAAUAAUGUAAGGAAUAAAAACAAAAACAAAAAACACAUUACAUAAAAAAUAGACCUUUUCUACAAUCACAUGUAAAAUCCAACAUGGUUCAAAUGUAAAAUCCAACACGGUUCAAAGCUUUAAAAUGAAAGCAGACAUUCUGUAUAUAUUCCCUUUAGUUAUUGCACACUUUCUUUUACAUAAUUCUGAAUGGAAUAGAGAACCCAAACAACAAAAUGUGUGUCAUGGUUCAGAUACUGAUGGACUAAAUGAUGCCCUACAUCUUUAUCUGCAUUGAAUAGGUAAUCUGUCUUCCUCUCUCUCUCUCUCUCUCUCUCUCUCUCUCUCUCUCUCUCUCAGUGAUAUUGUAUCCCUUCCUGGUGUUUGAAUAUAUUCUUAAUCAUCUUAAAUGGAAACAUUGCAUUUCUUGUUUAACCUUCCUCAAAUUUAAGGUUUUAAAGAGCUCCACCUUCUAUUAACAAGUCCAUGUUAUGGGAACGAAGGUGACUCAAAAUGACAUUAAUCAAAGUGCUAUACAAACACCUUAAUAGUAGCAGCGGUCCAAACCACUAACCCACUAACUUGCCAUUAUCGAUGUUUGUUUCCACUGGGUAAUUAUCAAUUCCCACACUUUCCAUUUGUUUUCCCAACUACAAGGUAAACGAGUACACAGUUCAUCUCAAGCUCUUACUGUAAAUGGACAAUGAACACAGUCUAUCUUGGGAGUUCAUUGGGGGUUAGGCAAUCUCUAUAUUGUCUUUAUAGGAGUCUCCGGUGUUACAAAGGUUGGAUGUUUAAAGAACAUGAAUUCAAGUAAAUAUUGAAAUAUUUUAUUAUUUAAUUCGUGCUUUCAUUGUUCCUAAUAUACAAGUGUAAACUAUGGUACAAUGAUCGCUUCAACUGAAAGCAUGGGUAUACAAAUACAAUUAUAUAGUGCCAAUAUAUUCAGCAGCACAGUGCCAUAGGAAAAACAAGACAAAAAAUGCUAACAAAACACAUUUGUCUUUCGGGAACGAUAGGUGAAAAGAACCCUGCCAAGCAGGCUCCCAAUCUAAAAAAGUUGGGAGAGAAUGGGCAAAUAUCCCCAAGAUAAUCUUGUGGGGGUGAGGGUGCAAGGGAUAAAAAAUAGGGCUGUAGCAUUUUGUCGAUAGAAAACUGCAUUGUUUAACAUAUGCUUCCUGAGGACCGUUGGGUUUGUAAUAAAUGGCUGCCCCCAGAUCUUCCUUGGUUCCUACACUGAAUAUUAUGACACUGGGAAAGGAUUUGUGAUUUUUCAUUUUUUUUUUUAAUUUGCUAAAUUACAGAAUGUAUUUCAUAUAUAGAAAUCUCUAUUACAUUACCAUUGGAUAUCCACAACUUGUUAAAAAAAAAAACUUUGCAUGCCAUUUGUUAACUCACAAAUGCAUUGCUUUGCACAUUUUAAUACUAUUUACUUGGACUUGAUGAACUUUAAAAAAAAAAAUGUCCAACUUCCGAUCACCUUGAGUCCCUGCAACCUGUCUCUAUGUAACCUACUGAACGUGUUGUAGAGUUUGUGGAUGUCGGAUCCUACAUUUAAAUACAUCCAACAUUCCGAACUAUAGACCUACGGAGCUAUAAACGUACGUCAGAACAUGGUGCUAAUUAUUCUACAACAGGAAUAGUAGAUAACAAAGAGAUUAGAAAGUAAUUUCCUUACGGGAUUUCUUAAGUGCUGUUUUAUUUUAAUAUAGACUCACUUAUGAGUUGUUGUUUUUUUCAUAUGUAUUCCAAUUAUAUUCAUUAUUUUGUCUUUGUUAUACUUUUUUAAGGUUAAAUGUUUAAUCCCUCACACUCUAAGAAGUCGCCAAAUUGUCUGCAAAACAACACAACAGCAAUACUAUAAUUAUUUAAGCGUUUAUAAAAGAUAUAUUGUUGCUGGGACUAUUAAAUGCAUUAUUAACAUAAUAAUUAACAUUACGGGAGAGAUAGCUUAAAUACAGGCAGUUCCUUGAAAGUUAAAACGUUUUUGGAAUUAUAUUUGUCAGAAAAAGUGUGAUUUUCCUGUGUUCCCUGGAAUAACAUAUGAAUAAACUGUAUAUAAGUUCUACUGCUGUAAACCUCAUUAACCUACAUUGCUAAACCGCAAUCGAGACAUUUUAAACAAAACAAUUAUAUCGAUAUUCUUUAGUUUCUUGGUCAUUGCUACAUUUGUUUAAUUUAAAGGGAGACUUUAAGCACCAUAACAACUUCAUCUCAAUCAAGAUAUUAUGUUGCCUGCAGAUCCUGGGCUCCGUCCUACAUGAAGAGGUUAAAUUGAUUUGUAAUGGUAUAACGAACACCUUGCAUUUUGUAUGAACCGUUCGUUCAUAUACUCCCGAAAUGCUAGGGGCUUAGUGAUUAUAGCCCGUUCGCAUAGUACACUGAUUCGUACUUUCCCGAAAUCCAAGUUAGUUGUGAGAAUAAAUCCACCGGUUCGUCAUUCGCAUACCCAAAUAUCAGAUGAGACUUGAUGAAGGGUACAAUAGGAAUGUUUUAUCAUGGCCAGAUGGCCCACUUUUAUACACAGACCCCCAGCAGGGGGUCUCAAGCAAGAGCAUAGCAGAAUACUCCCACAACACACCUGUGUCUGGGGGAAAAUUUAGUGAACUUUGCUUAAACUAAUUAUCUCCCAGGCACUAGAGUUACAAAUCAUAAAACCUAAAAUAUUAAAAAAAUACACAUAACACAUAGAGGAACCCCCACAUAUAUUAUAUCCCCGGAUAGCCUGGAUCUGAGCACCCAAUUUGUCCAAAUAUCGCUCAGAACCCACGAACACAGCCGAAUAGUCCCCGGGCUAAAGUUUUGACCAACUGCACAUGUGGCCAGCCCAAAUUAGUUUCAUAGAAUCAGUGGUAGCAGUCGGUCAAUUUCAGGAGUUUCCAAAAUUAACAAAAAGAUGACUCAUAAGUAGCGAUUGUUCGCCUACCGAACAGCGCACUCCUGGCUUGGCGUGGAAAGAAGCAGGUGUCUGUGAGGGUUUGCCGGUGUUCGCGAGGUCGAGUGUCUGACUUAGAGUUCCAGACACUCGACGACCAAGUCCUGCUGCAUGCUUUCGUGCCACACAGAGAGAGCACUUAAGUUUGUGGUUUAUUUUAAGUUAAUGAGCCAGGGGGUUGCUUGGCGUUCAGUAGAUCCCUCUACCGAAUGCAGGGAAAGUAGCUGGGAGAAUAACUGGGUUUUGUCACAAACGGAAGAAUGGAAGAUACCUUUCUCCUGCAAUUUUCUGAAAGGAAAGCUAAUGAUAGGCUAGUGAUACAUCUGUGGGCCAAAAAUGCAAAGAAUCCCAUUCCUAUUACUAGUGAUACAUCUGUGGACCAAACAUGCAGAGAAUCCCAUUCCUAUUGUUAGUGAUACAUCAGUGGACCAAACAUGCAGAGAAUCCCAUUACUAUUACUAGUGAUACAUCAGUGGACCAAACAUGCAGAGAAUCCCAUUACUAUUACUAGGGAUACAUCUGUGAACCAAACAUGCCGAGGAUCCCAUUACUAUUACUAGUGAUACAUCUGUGGACCAAACAUGCAGAGAAUCCCAUUAAUAUAACUAGUGAUACAUCUGUGAGCUAAACAUGCAGAGAAUCCCAUUACUAUUACUAGUGAUACAUCAGUGGACCAAACAUGCAGAUAAUCCCAUUACUAUAACUAGUGAUACAUCAGUGAACCAAACAUGCAGAGAAUCCCAUUACUAUUACUAGGGAUACAUCUGUGAACCAAACAUGCAGAGAAUCCCAUUACUAUUACUAGUGAUACAUCAGUGGACCAAACAUGCAGAGAAUCCCAUUACUAUUACUAGUGAUACAUCAGUGAACCAAACAUGCAGAGAAUCCCAUUACUAUUACUAGUGAUACAUCAGUGAACCAAACAUGCAGAGAAUCCCAUUACUAUUACUAGGGAUACAUCUGUGAACCAAACAUGCAGAGGAUCCCAUUACUAUUACUAGUGAUACAUCAGUAGACCAAACAUGCAGAGAAUCCCAUUACUAUUACUAGUGAUACAUCAGUGGACCAAACAUGCAGAGAAUCCCAUUACUAUUACUAGUGAUACAUCAGUGAACCAAACAUGCAGAGAAUCCCAUUACUAUUACUAGUGAUACAUCUGUGGACCAAACAUGCAGAGAAUCCCAUUAAUAUAACUAGUGAUACAUCUGUGAGCAAAACAUGCAGAGAAUCCCAUUACUAUUACAAGUGAUACAUCAGUGAACCAAACAUGCAGAGAAUCCCAUUACUAUUACUAGUGAUACAUCAGUGAACCAAACAUGCAGAGAAUCCCAUUACUAUUACUAGUGAUACAUCAGUGAACCAAACAUGCAGAGAAUCCCAUUACUAUUACUAGUGAUACGUCAGUGGACCAAACAUGCAGAGAAUCCCAUUACUAUUACUAGUGAUACAUCAGUGGACCAAACAUGAAAAGAAUCCCAUUACUAUUACUAGUGAUACAUCAGUGAACCAAACAUGCUGAGAAUCCCAUUACUAUAACUAGUGAUACAUCAGUGGACCAAACAUGCAGAGAAUCCCAUUACUAUUACUAGUGAUACAUCAGUGGACCAAACAUGCAGAGAAUCCCAUUACUAUUACUAGUGAUACAUCAGUGAACCAAACAUGCAGAGAAUCCCAUUACUAUUACUAGUGAUACAUCUGUGGACCAAACAUGCAGAGAAUCCCAUUAAUAUAACUAGUGAUACAUCUGUGAGCUAAACAUGCAGAGAAUCCCAUUACUAUUACUAGUGAUACAUCAGUGGACCAAACAUGCAGAGAAUCCCAUUACUAUUACUAGUGAUACAUCAGUGAACCAAACAUGCAGAGAAUCCCAUUACUAUUACUAGUGAUACAUCAGUGGACCAAACAUGCAGAGAAUCCCAUUACUAUUACUAGUGAUACGUCAGUGAACCAAACAUGCAGAGAAUCCCAUUACUAUUACUAGUGAUACAUCAGUGAACCAAACAUGCAGAGAAUCCCAUUACUAUUACUAGUGAUACGUCAGUGGACCAAACAUGCAGAGAAUCCCAUUACUAUUACUAGUGAUACAUCAGUGGACCAAACAUGAAAAGAAUCCCAUUACUAUUACUAGUGAUACAUCAGUGAACCAAACAUGCAGAGAAUCCCAUUACUAUAACUAGUGAUACAUCAGUGGACCAAACAUGCAGAGAAUCCCAUUACUAUUACUAGUGAUACAUCAGUGGACCAAACAUGCAGAGAAUCCCAUUACUAUUACUAGUGAUACAUCUGUGGACCAAACAUGCAGAGAAUCCCAUUAAUAUAACUAGUGAUACAUCUGUGAGCUAAACAUGCAGAGAAUCCCAUUACUAUUACUAGUGAUACAUCAGUGGACCAAACAUGCAGAGAAUUCCAUUACUAUUACUAGUGAUACAUCAGUGAACCAAACAUGCAGAGAAUCCCAUUACUAUUACUAGUGAUACAUCAGUGGACCAAACAUGCAGAGAAUCCCAUUACUAUUACUAGUGAUACAUCAGUGGACCAAACAUGAAAAGAAUCCCAUUACUAUUACUAGUGAUACAUCAGUGAACCAAACAUGCUGAGAAUCCCAUUACUAUAACUAGUGAUACAUCAGUGGACCAAACAUGCAGAGAAUCCCAUUACUAUUACUAGUGAUACAUCAGUGGACCAAACAUGCAGAGAAUCCCAUUACUAUUACUAGUGAUACAUCAGUGAACCAAACAUGCAGAGAAUCCCAUUACUAUUACUAGUGAUACAUCUGUGGACCAAACAUGCAGAGAAUCCCAUUAAUAUAACUAGUGAUACAUCUGUGAGCUAAACAUGCAGAGAAUCCCAUUACAAUUACUAGUGAUACAUCAGUGGACCAAACAUGCAGAUAAUCCCAUUACUAUUACUAGUGAUACAUCAGUGGACCAAACAUGAAAAGAAUCCCAUUACUAUUACUAGUGAUACAUCUGUGAGCUAAACAUGCAGAGAAUCCCAUUACUAUUACUAGUGAUACAUCAGUGAACCAAACAUGCAGAGAAUCCCAUUACUAUUACUAGUGAUACAUCAGUGGACCAAACAUGCAGAGAAUCCCAUUACUAUUACUAGUGAUACAUCAGUGGACCAAACAUGCAGAGAAUCCCAUUACUAUAACUAGUGAUACAUCAGUGGGCCAAACAUGCAGAGAAUCCUAUUACUAUUACUAGUGAUACAUCUGUGAGCUAAACAUGCAGAGAAUCCCAUUACUAUUACUAGUGAUACAUGAGUGGACCAAACAGUCAGAGAAUCCCAUUUCUAUUACUAGCGAUACAUCAGUGGACCAAACAUGCAGAUAAUCCCAUUACUAUUACUAGUGAUACAUCAGUGGACCAAACAUGCAGAGAAUCCCAUUACUAUUACUAGUGAUACAUCAGUGGACCAAACAUGCAGAGAAUCCCAUUACUAUUACUAGUGAUACAUCAGUGGACCAAACAUGCAGAGAAUCCCAUUACUAUUACUAGUGAGCUAAACAUGCAGAGAAUCCCAUUACUAUUUGUUUCAGUUUAAAACCGAAACAUCCUAAAGCUCUUAGUCAAUAAACCUUAGACAAUAAGCACGUGCAGGGUUUUCUUCCUGGUAUAAUAUAAUUAGUCCGUAUUAGCCCAGCUUAUUGUAUUCUGACACUCAGCUACUGAAUAUGUUAAGGACAAGACAAAGCAAAACUAUUUCAUCAUUGCUUGUUACAAAACAAUAGGGAAAUGGCAGUGUUUACCUAGAACAUUCCUGUGUUCUGUGGAUUAAAGGUGCCUUGUCAUUGUGUAUUUAUGAUCUAAGCAGGAAAAGUAUUUAAACAGACACUUCAGGCAGAUUAUGGCCACCAUGGUGACAGCAUUAUGGAUACAUUUCAUUGUAAGUGCAAAAUAUAAAUUAUAAUAAAAUAAAAUCAGUGUUGUUUUGCAGAGACCAGGAAAUACUCCGAUCUUUUUUUUUUCCAGAGUGAGAGCUACACAAAUUGCACAUUUUAAUCGAUUUCCAGGUUAGAGUUUGUGGGAUCCCAUGUUAGGAUAAAUGUAUCAGUGGAGAACCAAGUUAAGGUCACCGGAAUUCCAUACGGGUGGACGUAGUUCACAUUAGUAUAGUUCUAGGUUACACAAUAGAGGUUAGGGUGAGUGAGCUGGGAUUAGAUCAAGCGUCAAGCAAUAAAAUAAGUGAAACCCGCUACACAGGAGACCCAGGGAAUGUUAGGUAGUUAUACCUGUGUUCACCCUCCCUGUAUUUCGGUAACUGGAUACACAUAUUAUAAAAUGAGAGUACUCUAUAAACUAAAAUACUCUUUUUUUUUUUUAAAGUUUUUUUCUUGCGGUAAUGCCAGCCUCCAACAGUCUUCUUUGAACAAUUCAUGCUGAAACAUCCCUACUUCUUGCAGCAUUUAGCUAAGGCAGUUAAAGAGACACUCUGAGCACCAUAACAAUGUUAUCAAAAUGAAGUUGUUAUGGUGCCAGGAGGUUGCUGGCACUUCUUUACCUUAAGGGUUAAAUCAUUCACAAAUGGUUUAACCCGAGAGUCUGCUCUGCAAUGCUAUUUCUCUUUGUCGCCGCUCACAUCCGCUUUGAAAAAUGUUGUACAUACCUCUUUUUGUGAAUAGGGAGCUACUGAUAGGCUUAGAACAUCAACGGACUGCUCUAAGCCAAUCAGUCGCGCCCCUGCCUGGCGGCAGUUCAGGACUUCCAUUAGAAGAAUUUCUGAAAACAGACGUGGACUGGGACAGAGAAAUGUUGCUGCAGAGCAGGCUUUGGAGUUAAACUUUCAUGAACAGUUAAACCAUUAACAGUAAGGAAGUGCCAGGUACCUCCUGGCACCAUCACAACUUCAUUUCAGUGACAUUGUUAUGGCGCCCUUUGUGUUCCUUUAAUCACUUGUUUUCACUUGUAUUCACUUGUAUUCUCAGACACUCUUAAAGUCCAUUUAUAUGUUGCAUUCUCAAUUAUUUGGAGGGCACCAAAGAGUCUAUAAAAAUAUCACUUACUCCGAUGAACAAUAAAUGCAAACCCAGCAUAGUAAAUUAAAAUAGUAUAUAAAAUAUAUAAAAAUGCACACUUUAAAAUCUGGUCCCUAGGUUUGCGUUUUGUGUGUUAAUAAAAAAGUGUCAUUAUUUGUGAGUUUGUUAACAAUAUCAAUGAAACGUGUCCUCCUUUUUGUUCCUCUGCAAGAAAAAGGCCAACACCCCUUUAUAUAUUUGGUUUUCUCUGUUUAUACUCAAGUUGGAAAUCUAUAUUAACUGCUUGCUUGUAUUGUUAGCUAUGCAUUAAUAUAUUAUGAUUUAAAUUAGAAUGUUAUAAUUUAGUGCUCUUAAAAAGUGAACUCAUAGCCGCUGGAUGUGCCUCUUGUAAUUACAGUAUUAUUUUGUAACUUAGAUCUGCUACUAACCUUUGACCUCUCCCAACAUUCUUCUUUUCCUGAUCUGUGCCCUGACCUUUACUCCUCUUGCAAUCUUUAUUGUAUAGGUACUGCCCCUCCGGGUUAUUAUGUUGCACUCUCUAGCAGACAGUUGGCUUGGAACAGUUUGCAAAGUUUGCACAAUCUCACUUUCUUUUUAAAGGGACACUCCGGGCUGGAAUUACUACAUAUGUUUUGUUACAGAUAAUGCAUUAACAAUUUACAGACAUUAUAAUAAAUAAGAGAAUAUUUACCUCAUAAAAGCUCCACCUCUUUGGAAAGUUCCUACUCUUCAUCCUAUGUAAAUUACAAUGUCCAGGAAGUGGCUAGAAUCUGUCAGCCAAUCCUGUUUUGUUACAUAGCAAUCUAUGAGAGCAUUAGUGGACUUGUGUGGGUGCAUGUUGUAUUUUUUUAAUGCACUCUAGACCCCUAAAGCUAUUUAGCUUGCUCAAAUGCUUUAUGUAUGAAGAGUGUGUCCUGAUUUUUAUUUUGACAGUGAAGUGUCCCGUUAAAAAGACAAACCACUUAACUAAGCCCAACUCACUUAGCCUAAUAAUAUCUACAAUCUGACCAGUUUGUGGUUUGCCUCCUGUUUCAUUUAGAUUGCAAGCUUGUGUGCAAGGCUUUGCAAAUAUACUGUGUUUCACUUUCUGUCUAUCAAACUGUACCCCACAUCAUCAAAUGUCUAUCAAACUCUAUCUCCCACAUAUUUUAAGAAAUAUAUACGAAAAUCUUUAUAUUAAUAGCAAUAAUAAGAAAUGCGGAAACUAACAAGUGCUUUUGAAAAUACUUUUGCAUUUUUUUUUACAUCCUUAUUAUGUCAAUGUUCAGAUUAGGAAUGUAUUUUUUUUUUUAAAUCAAAAUAUUCUUUUGUUUCGAAUGAAAGCUCUGGUAAUGAUUAGUGAAUUAUGGGGACAGUAUUCCCUUCCACAGCAUGCUGUUACCGCACAAUUAACAAUGUUAAUGGAACAUUGUGAGUGUGGCGAGGUUUUGGUUCAAUAACCCCAGUGUACUUAGAGUAACAAUAUUAUGCAACAAAGACUGCUUAAAUGUUAACAUGCUGUUAUGCAAGCACACUUUUUGGCUGACCUUGAUUAGCAAUGUCCGAUUCAGUAAGAAUGUUUAUAGCUUAACAACACAGUACAUUAGCAAGAAAUACAGAUGAGGAACCAAAGGUCCCUAAUUAUCACUGGUGUUUAGGAAUUUGUCUGUGAAUAGAGUCCAGUUAGGCUUGUGUGGGUCACAAUCUCCAUGGACAUUUUGUGAUUUAUCUAAUUGCUUUGUAAACAGACACACUGUGGGUUACUGUACUAAUACAUUACAAAAAAGUAAUAUAUUGAACAGUUAACAUAUUUUUCAUUUUAAAAUAAAAUUGCAAGUGUUUAAGAAAUUACAUAAUUGCUCACAUUAUUUGUGAAACAGAACAAACUUAGCUGCUAUGAAUCUAAAAGCACAGUAAGGUAUUUCUAUAACAUAAUUAUUGGAAGGGAUGUUUUCCAAGUACAAUUUCAUAUGCUUUUUUUCAAAGUAGCACUAUUAUAUUUGUUAUUUUUUGUCGUAUGCUGUUUAUACAAACACCUUUGCCGUGGUCAUGAUACCAAGAUAUGAUACCUGUUUUACAGUAAUGGUCCAAACAGUUUUUCAAUGGUUUGCCCACUUACCUGGUCCAGCAGGUGAUGAGGGUCUUUCCUUGCGGGCUGUGACAUGGAUCCAACUUUGCAGAAGCCAGAGGCCAAUUUUGCCAGCCAUUCAUUAACUUAGAGCGUCAGCCAAUAAAUGACUUUCUAUGCACAGAAAUAUGCACGGAAUUGACAUUAGUCAUCCCAGAACUCUUGGCUAAUGAUGCCACAAUGAUGCUGCUAGGGGUUUACAUAUACCUCGGGCAGCGAAUGGGUUAAGCUCCCUAUGUGCAGUGUUUCAUAGUGAAAUGCUUAAUAUUAGACUCUAGUCACCAUCACCACUUCAAAUCACAUUUUAAUGAUACCAUAAAAAUAAUGCAGACAUUUACCCUUAUCCUAGUUCUAACACUAACCUUAGAAUUUAUACACAAACUAUAGGCCCUUGUUUUUUUUUAAUGUAAUAUAAAAUUUGCAUAAUGACAAAGCAUGUGUUGAUUUAAUAUAAUGCUAUCUCGGGAUUCUGGAAACAUUCCUAAACCAUUUAACCUUUGUUCUACUACUUUAUUAUGAAUUGUCCAGAAGCCCUGGAUAGAUGACAUAUUUGAUGAAUAAACUAUGUUUGUUUUCUGAUACAGUUUAUAAAGUUUAGAACAUGUUUAUGUGUUGGGGAUCUUUGUGAUGUAAGACAUGUGACAAACAAAGAACGUAAAGUACCCAAUGUUUUUAUUGCCAAAGAUCCUAAAACAAAUAUAAUUUUUCUUGUGGCUACUACAAUUUCUACCAUUCUAAAAUACUACAUAAUCUUCACCUUUAACUUAUAUCAAUUCACUUCCAGAUUUGUCACACUUAUGAGUGCGAUCAGGCCACAGAGACAAUAAAAAAACAGAAAAACAUAAACAUCAGUAGUGUGUGCAAUACUAUUACAAAGGAUUGCGUGUUGGCAUGAGUUUGUGUUCUGAAAUCUUGGCAACCAACCUAUUUACAUAUUUUUUUAUUUGUUCGACUGAAGGUAUAAAAGUAUUUUUACUGUUCACUAACAUAAUGGUCGCCAUCAGAGGGGAGGAGACCACGCACCUUUAAGGGCACAAACUCAACAUUUUUGCUCUUACAAAGAUGUGUGUUGGUGUAGGAAGUGUGAGAUCUAUGGGGUUAAAUAAUCUAGAAUAAAGUUAUCAGCUGCUAAAACCACCAAUUGGACGCAUAGUUGCACGUGGUACAUUUCUUAUCCCUUUUAACUGUAAUAUUUUCUUUAAAACACACUGAGAUUCAUUCUGGCACUGGCUUCCUAAGUACAAGCCAUUAUAAUCAUAUUUUAAUAACAUUAAGAUUAAACAGUGAUCUAGGAGCAACUGGCUUUAUUAUUGCAGCUGUAUUCCUAACUUUAUUCCUGUGAAGAAAAAGUACCUAAACUAGUCAUUUUAUUCCAUCUUGAUGACAUUGCUAAGAAAUUAGUGAAGGUUUGUCAGUGCCCAUUCUCUAAACUGCACAGGUAGAUUGGUCCUAAAAUUGCUAAAUGAAACUUGUCAAAAUGCUUUUAGCUAAAUAGCCUGGGGCAUGUACUUUCCACAAAUAUAUACUUUUGUGUAGCGGUUUUGUAUUCUGUGACUACUAUAAAAGUUGUAAUCUCAGCAUGCCAAAUUGUUCAAAGUUUUAUCUUUAAAAUCAUAAUACACUCCUUGCUGUAUUUGUUUUAUUUAUUUUUUAAAUAUUUCGUUUUUAUUGCUAAGAUGGUUACACAGAUCACAGUGGUACAGGCAAACAUUAAAGGACCACUAUAGGCACCCAGACCACUUCAGCUCAAUUAAGUGGUCUGGGUGCCAGGCCCAUAUAGAGUUAACCCUGCCUGCUGUAAACAAAGCAGUUUCAGAGAAACUGCUAUGUUUACUUUAGGGUUAAUCCAGCCUCUAGUGGCUGUCUCAUUGACAGCCACUAGAGGCGCUUCCGCGCUUCUCACUGUGAUUUUCACAGUGAGAUGAUGCCAGCGUCCAUAGGAAAGCAUUGAGAAUGCUGAACUGGCUGAAUGCGGGCGCGGCUCUUGCCGCACAUGCGCAUUCAGCCGAUGACAUCAGAAGAGGGAGGAGAGCCCCCAGCGCCGGCGCUGGAGAAAGGUGAGUGUUUAACCUCCUUCCUCCCUAUUCAGCCUGGUGGGAGUGGGGCUUGUUUGUUUUUCCGUGCACUAUAGUGGUCCUUUAAUCGUCACAUAGAUGAAACCUCAUUUUACAUACCAGUUGUCAGACAGGUACAUACAGGUAUGGUACACGUUACAUAAAUCUUAUGUGUCCAAAACAUGUUAUAGACUGGUAUACGUAGAAAAUGAGAUACUGGCUCUAUCGAAAUUUGUUUACUUUAGUCAGAAUACAGACUAUGCAUCUAUCAACCACUUCAACAGUCAAUUAUUUAGGGAAUUUGUAGGGCUGGACGCAGGAAGGCAGCAGCAUGGGUGAAGCUCUACGGCUCCUUCAGGUCAGCAUGGAAAGCUUUGAUGCCAUUUAGGCCAUAUUCGGUCAUACACCUCCGUAGUACCAGAGAUGGUGUGCGCUAUCUUUUCGUAUUGUUGUGUGUGGUUUAUUCUGUCAAUUACUAAGGUUAACUGUGGCAUCUUAGUUGAUUUCCAUAAUGUGACUAUGCAGCUCUUCGCUGCUAGCGUAAUAUGGGUGAUCAAUGCUGCUGAUUAUUUUGGAAUUGAUUUGGGCAUCAUAUGAAGUAGGUAAGUAGGAGAGGUUUUUAAUGCAUUUUUCAAUCAAGGUUUGAAUUUGUCACCAGAAUGUGGUAAGUUCCAGACAGUGACUCAACGUGCCUAUGUGUUUGCAGCAUCUCCAGCAAAUGUAUUGCGCGCUGGGGUAUAUGUGAGGUAGCCUUUGGGGCAUGAGGUACCACCUCAUCCACAAUUUGUAUGCCACCUCUACGUGGUCUAGGCAGUGCGUGGCUCUCUCGACCUGGGUCAUUGCUGCAAACCAAGCACCCGGCUCAAUAUUACAGUGCAGCUAACUAUAUAGCAUGCUCUUCCAGCUGUUUGGAACCAGAGCCAAUCACUUCUUCAUUCUCUCUACAUGCUAUCAGCUGCUGCAGUUAUACUAUUAACUCUUUCUGCUAUCACAUACAUAUCCCUCUGCUACCUCUUGUCUCAUCUCCCCAGUUUAACCUUUAGAUUGUAAGCUCACGGGCAGGGUCCUCUUACUGUUGGAUUGGUCUGUUCUUAUUGUGUUUGUCUUUUUCCCAAUUGUACAGCGCUGCGGAAUUUGUUGGCGCUUUAUAAAUGCCUGUAACAAUAAUAAUAAUAAUAAUAGCUCCUUUUCCCAUUAUCCCAUGUAGCCCAGUUUGGCAGGUCUGUCCACUUUGAGUAAUCAGCGGUAGCACAGGGAGAGUGGUUUUGAGAGAGUCGGAAGACCCAGGCAUAGUAUGUCAAAUGCACAUAAUCUGGAGGUAUGCCUCCUAGCAAGCCUGACCUUUCAAUGAUAUGUUUCACACGGAAAUAUGUGAACAGCUCUCUGCCAGGCAGCUGGUAAGCUUGUUGCAAAUCAGAGAACUGUUUUAUACCUCCGUCAUCUAGCAAUUGUAUCAUUUUUGUGAUACCCCUCCGAGUCCACUGGUCCAGUGCUAAAUUACUUGUCUGGUACGUUAAACUGUAUAAGGAGGCAUGCAUGAUCAUGGGUUUGGUCACCAUUUUUGGGCCCAUUUCAACCAGGUGUGAACUGGUCUGAUAGUUUGGGUUGGGGCCCGGUGGGGACCCACAUCAGGUCUGUCAAUGAGUGUGGUGCGCCCGAUGCCAAUUCAAGCCUGUGUCAUAAAGGGGUCUGUGGAGAAGUCGUAAGUCUAGCUGUUUUUGCCAGAAUAGUGGUUAAGUAAUAUUUAGUGAUAUUUGGUACUCCCACACCCCCACCUCCCAUACUCAAGGUGAUGCUUGCCAGAGAGACCCUCUGUGGUUUCCUCUUCCAUAUGUGAGCAUUCAACAUACAUUGAAACUGCAUUAAUAUAGUUUCAAUGUAUGUUGAUCUUGAUUGGCAAGGCCAUAAAGAGGAAGAGGGUCUGUAGAAGCACCAUCAUUUAUGCGCCCCAACCAAGAAGAGUUUUUCCUCCCCAGCUCUGUUUUCAUCACUAGUUUCUUAUAAUUGGGCUUUAAAAGUAUGUGUUUUGAAGGCGAUAACUGUGUCCCUAGGUUGGUAAGCUUAUCUUUUGCUUGUAGUUCUGUGAGGUGAUAGUUUGGUAGGUUCAUUGGCAGUACUUGUGUUUUAGCAGCAUUGUUCUUACAGUUGGACACCUGCCCAUAGGCAUGUAAGAGGUUUUGGAGAUGUGGGCAGGUGGAUCUAUUGGCUUCGCUAGGAACAAAACAACAUCGUCCUCGAACAGACCUAUUUUUGGGGGACUAUUGGGGAUGGUACUCCUACUAUGGACCGGUCUGAUUUGAUUUUGUGGAUCAAGGUCUCUAGUGCUAUAAUAAAGAUGAGUGGUGAAAGGGGACAGCCUUGCCGAGUGCCAUUGGUGAGGGUAAAAUGUUGUUAGACAAAACCCCGAGUUCAUCACUGUAGCUGUUGGGGAAAGUACAGGGACAAGAGUCAGUGUUGAAAUUUGGAUGGGAAGUUAAAGCAAUCUAGGAUUUCCUUCAUUUAGCUUCAGUAGAGCUACUGUGACAGUCCCUGGGACCCCGCGAACGCGAAUGUUUUUGCGCCGUGAACGGUCUUCCAGAUCCGCCAGUUUUUCCACGAGGUACUUAAUGUCCGCCUCCAUCUUGUGGAUCUUGUCCACUAUUUAAUUAUUGGCAAGGCAUAACUCGUCCGUGCGUUCUUCCAGUGCACUCAUACUCUUUUCUGAUGUCAUCCAUGGCUGACUGAAAGUCUGCUCUCAUUGAGGAGCGCAGAUCCUGUAGCAUAGCUGCCAAUUUCCUUUCUGAGAUGGAAAUUUCCCCUUGGUGAAGCGGCAGGGAAUUGGUGUCAGAGCCUGCCUCAGAGAUUUGUGCUGGGGAGAGGGAGCCGCCAGCAUCUUGAUCAGGCCAUUGCCUGGCUUUUUUUCUCCUGUUGUACUUGUUGUGUAUCAAAAGAGAAUCUCUUUUAAAAAUUAUAUAUAGUAUGUACGGAUGCACAUAAACAAGGUGACAUUGCGGUAGAUUUAAUGCAAAAAGUAACAAAAGGGCCUUGGCCACAAACAUAAUAAAUCUUAUCCUUAUCCUUGGUCCUUAAAGGGACACUGUAUAGUAGGAAUACAUAUUUGUCUUAAUUUCCCCAGUAAGUACUUUGAAAAUGAAAGUAACAAUGUUACUGAUGCUUUAGAAGAGUUUGAAAAAUCUUUGAAUUUAUAUUCUUGACAGGCAGGUUAAUAUAUACCCAGCAAUGUUUACUUAUAGUUAGCAAACAAAUUGAUGGACUGAACAAGGUCAUUGAUACCUUUAUAAAAAUUCUAUUAAGGAGUGUUUGCCAGGAUGUACAUAGCAUGAGUGUGGAAACAAUCCGAGCACUUCCUCGAGAUUCAUUUCACAAGCAACCAUAAAUUGUGCAGCUCUAUGAAUGACAAGACAGGUUUAACUUACCAUGGACAACUUGGCUAAUUAGCCUUUUAACACUUUUACUACUGAAUUCUUUUUGAAUAAAGCGAGGCAAGCAUAUGCAAUUAGCGCAAUUACUGGUUUGGCAAUUAUCUAUAUAGAGUGGGAAGAGAGUAGCUAAAAAAAUUUUUUUUUUUUAAUAUGCAGUAAGUGGGAAAAUAAAAUAUAAUGUAAUCCUAUGGAACAAGCGCAGUUUAGUGGAAAAGGGGCCUUGAAAGAGCCAGGAGGAGGGCAUAGGGGGAAGGCCCCCAGGGAUUGGGAGUUGGAUUGUAACGGGCUGUCCGGGUAUAAAUAGACAUCCAUUUUAGAAACAGGCUGUUUUAAUCUGCUUACAUUAUCUAAUUUGUCCCCCCUCCCAUGUUAGCAGGGUGUUGGAGGUGUUUAGUUCCCGUUUGGUCACAGUGGCGGGGCUAGAAAGCAGAAAAUUAGGGGACAAACAGGCUCUGGGUUAGUUCAAACAGAAAAGGGCAGUUAGGCUGCUGGUGAAGAGAUUAGUUAAAAUGGUUCGUUAUGAACUUUAGUGGGUUUCGAGCUCGGUUGUGGCUCAUAACCUGGUGGAUGGUAGGGGUAACCCUACCGUGGUUAGUUAACAAUUGUGGCACUUUAAAUAAUUUUUGUGAUGUUGAUUCUUACUGUUAUGUAUGUUAUUUAUAUAUUUACUAUUCAAAUAUGGGUCAUUACCUUUUGAUACGGGGGCAAUGUCUUUAAUUAUAUUGUUUAUUGUCAUUAAUAAAAGCUGUAGAAGAAAUUGGGUUUUAUUGGGUUAGGUAUUAAGGGAGUAAUUCUACCUGCCCAUAUGGCGACGUGCGCCUGUCAAGAAGAAAUUCUAAAACACUCCAUAGGUAUUUGUGUUAAGCAUGCAUGAAUGAAUGCAAAUUCCUAAAAUCUCAUUUGAUUGCAAAAAUGAAUGGAGAAGCAGCAUCAGUUACGAAAUAUAAUUAGUGCAUUCCUUCCAACAGUCGUGAUUCCAGCGGGACCGUCCCAUGUUACAGGUUUUUGCCCCCUGUCCUGCAUUGGGUACACCAGGUAACUGUCCUUAACAAUCGUAGUGUGAGCGUAUACUUGCGCUAUGUUUAGGGCACUAGGUCCCAUUAGGAAGCACUGAGAAAUAGCUCCCUGCAGGGUCGGCCCUCAGUGGCUGGCCUUGCAAGACUGGCAGGCAACCUGGGGUGCAUUCACACCUGGUUGAUCUGCUUGUAAUGUAAGCUGACCUUUCUGGCACACCCUCCUCAAAUUUGCUAGAGCCAGUGACGCUAGUGCAUCACUGGCCUUACCCAUGUACUCCCUCCCAUGACAUCCCGAUUCGUGGACUGCCGAAGUUGGGAGGUAUGUGACUGUGAUUGGAAGGCUGAACAGUAGGUGGAGCUGUAGCAAGUAUACAUAAUCACAGCAUGAAAUACAGUUUGUCCCUAUAGUAGGUGAUUGUGUAUGGAUAUUUGGCUAUGUAGGUAAGCUUAUUGAGCAGGGCCCUCAACCCCUCUGUUCCUGUGUGUCCAUUAGUCUGGUUUCAAUUACAUGUCUGUUACUUCACCCAUUGUACAGCGCUAUGGAAUUUGCUGGCACUAUAUAAAUAGUAAAACAAUAAAAAUAGGUGUUGUGACUAGGUGACUGGAUGUGGACAUGUCUAUGAUUUGAUGAAUGCAGACUCCGUGCUCUGGCUCUGGGAGAGAACUGCUGGAGCUACUCCCCAUAGCUAAAGACUUAUUCUUCUUUUUUGCUUAAUUGAUGACAAAGUCAAACCUAUACAGUGUAUUGAGGCCACUAGCUCAUGCAGUAUAGCAGCCAGACAGAGAAAAAAGAAAGAUCUGAAAAGUUCAGGCUUGUGGGCACUUAGUGAGGCCUCUUACAAAUACAUCCACACACCCCAAUAGCCUGUUCAGGGCAGGUUUCCAAUGGUCUGUUCAUAAAAGGUUCAUACCUGGUUAUGUCAAGUAUUUGCUAUGACUUCACAGAUGUUUUUAGCUACAUUUAGCCUCUCUUCACCUUCCAAUGACCGUGAAUUCAGAUAAAAGUUCUAGAUCAUAUUAUGAAUAUGUAAUAUGGUGACAUUAUUAGUGCAAUUUGAGUGUUUUGUUCACACAGAUGACUAUAUGCUUGCAGUUUAUUUGUUACAAGCAAGUAAUCCACUUGUGAUCUGGUUUAGAGCAGUCAUCGAAAGGCUAUGGAGUUCAUUUAUGACUAUGUUUGCCGUGUUCUCAAUGUGUGGUAAAAGUUUUACAGGAGAACAUUAUUAAUUAACAUUGUUGACAAGCUUGGCUGGGUUGUAACCACUAAAGGUUACACAUUAAUUACUGGGACAUUUAUAAAAGAACACAUGUUACUGUGGGAGAGAAUAUUUUGCAUCAUUGGCCAAUAAUUAGUCAAAAGCUUCCAAUGGACUUGCAUAUCUGUAGCCGGAGGCCUGCCUAAAAUAGCUGUAAUGUUCUUAACAAUGUCUAAACUAAGAUGCGUUAUUUCAGCUGUGAGGAUUACUGGAAUUAAAUGUACUUACGGUGUGAUGUACAAAAUCAGGCCUGCCAACACUAAAGAUCAGGGGUGACACUUGCAAUGCCGGUGACUGGUUAUUAAAAUGCCUAGUUGCAUUUCUGACAUGUGUGGAAUCAGCUUUCUAAUGAGUCUCCAAUGUCGAUGUGUGACCAGAAUAUCAGCGUCUCAGCUGUUCUUCAUUGGCCCUCCGCACACUCUACUGAGUGCUCAUGAACACAGCUGAGCUUGGACAACUUUGAAUCCAGAAGGUGGAUUCCUUGUGACGGUGGCAUGGCAUGGAGUGGCACAAAAUGUUGUCCAUGAGUGAUUUGGCGAGGAAGAAAGAGGGCACAAAGAGCUUUAGGAAACAAGCAGAUUUUAUUAACCACUUAAUGACCAGUGAUGGUUUAUUCAGUUAUAACGAUCUGCUUUUGAAAGAUUGUACAUCAGGAUGGGUUCUUUCACUUAUUUAUCAACAGCCUUCUGUAUAGAACUGUUUAUACAUGUAAGUACUAAAGCAUUCCCAUACAUUUGAACCUUCUGAACCUUGGGAAGUAUGAAAUCAAGGUUGGGUCGUGGAAUAUCAUUGGUUUUCAAGUGGUUAAUCUGUUAGAAAAACAGACAGUUACCAUCCUAGACAGUACAGAAACAUUACUUGGGUGUUGCAACUUCCCCAAACACACUCGUGCAUCAGGAUCAUGACGAAUGCUUCUGUGUUACUCGCCCAAUCUUCAAGAUUAGAGAAGACAUACAUAUCCCUAGCAUGAUCCUGGACAUCUGGCUAGAAUGUAGGAUUAUUCUAGCGGAUCAAUAGAUCCCUUUAGGCCAAAACUCAUUCUUAUUUCUUAACAAUUAAGAAGAAUCUAGACAUAAAAUUACUUUAGGUAAGAAAAUUGCACACACCUCAGUGUCCUUCAUCAUGACCAAAUUGACCUUGUCCCCUUUUUAUGCCCUUCCACUCUGUGCUUACAGUAUUUUUUGUUUAAACUGUUAACUAUGUUUACAAAUUAAAUUAAAAAAAUAGUUCUUAUUCAAAAUUGCUUCUCAGUUAUUAAAAUGACGAACAGUAGAUCAUGAAGUCUACUAAAAUGUUCUGUAAUAUCUCUGCCCUUUGCUAAACCUGUAACUCCACUCCCUAAAUAAAAGUGUCCUUUUCCUGACACUCAAUGAAGAUGAUUAUGUUAGAACUAACUUGAUGUGUUACAGACACUAAAGUGCUCUUCAACUACAAUCAAGGUCAUGCGUCAAUAUGUUUCCCGAAGAUUUCUUGUGCAUGAUGUCUGGCUCAUGUCCUAUCUAUGGACCAACCCUUAAAGGACCACUAUAGUGCCAGGAAAACAUACUCGUUUUCCUGGCACUAUAGUGCCCUCAGGGUGGGGGCACUCCUGUGGCACUGAAGGGUGAGGAAUGGGUUAAUCACUUACCUUUUUUUCAGCGCCGGGCUCCCUCGGCGCUGGGACUCUCCUCCCUCUUCUGACGUCCCUGGCUGAAUGUGCAUGCACGGCAAGAGCCCAGCGCGCAUUCAGCCAGUCUCAUAGGAAAGAAUUCUCAAUGCUUUCCUAUGGACUCUGGCGUCUUCUCGCUGUGAAAAUCACAGUGAGAAGCGCUGAAGCGCCUCUAGCGGCUGUCAAUGAGACAGCCACUAGAGGCUGGAUUAACCCAUAGGUAAAACCUAGAUGGGCCUGGCACCCAGACCACUUCAUUAAGCUGAAGUGGUCUGGGUGCCUAUAGUGGUCCUUUAAGUGUUUCAAACUGGAUCAAAUGCCAGGAUUUUCCCCUAGUCACAAGGCAGCAAUAACAUUUUGCCCAAAAGCAUAAAUUUAGCAACAUUUAUCAUUACUUCUUGUAGAAUUCAAAGGCCAGGAGUUUCGGCUGUAUGGUAAUACGUAGAGUCGGCAGCUACAAAACACUCAUGAAGCAAAUAAAACCUGUAAUCAGUGUUAAACAAACACCAUACUUAGUUUUACUAGCGCCUUUCAAAAUUACAUUUAAAAUUAUAGCGUGCAUUUCAUUUAAGUUACAGCAGAGGUUAAACAGGACAGUUAUCAUGUUUUUAACAUUUGUGGUUAGGAUACUAAAUGCAUGACUCAUUAAAAAAACAAGUAAAUAAAAAAAAUACAUGCCAACUAUUCUUAACCGAGUUACAUUCCUGUAUCUUACUACAAAGUCUCUUAUCUGAGCUAAUCCUUCACAGUCUAGCAAACAUGUCAACAUUUCUCCUAAAAAAUAAAUACAAAUUGGUGAACUUUCUCUGGAUAAAUGAGAUGGAUAUCAGAUAAUUAUCUUCUUAUGUUUAUGUCCUGGUAAAACUUUCACCCAUCCUUAGGUCCUAAUUAGUAUUAAAUUUGUAUCCAUUCAUUCCACUUGGUACCUGACUUGACUUUCUGGUUCACGUACCAGCAUCCUUGAGGAUAAACAAAGAGUAUACAAAAUGCCACACCAUACCGUACACACUCAAAGAAGGAUCACCAUAGUCGAACUCUCUCCAUUGUCUUUUACCAUAAUUUGUCUAGAAUACAAUUAGUUGCUGGAUUAAAGAAUCUUAAUCUUUCUCUGGAUCAGUUAGCACCGUGUUAGCAGAUUCCAAUUAUCCGACUCAAGAUGAAAUGAUGGGUAACUAAGUACUGGAGGCUUCUCAAAGACUCACAAUUAUGACAGAUGAUAAUAUAGAUAAAAUAUUUUAUUACAUCAAACUCACGUUUUUCCUUUUAGAUGUAGCUAAAACAAAAAUUAUGAUAAAUUGCGUUCUCGUUCUAUACUUAAUCUGUGGUGUCAAUGUAUUUGCAGUCGUUGAACCUUUAAUAAUCUUAUGCUAUUGAGAAAAAUCCAUUUUUCAGUAGCAUGUUGAGCUAUUCAGUAACCAAGUUCCGUUUCUUCAUCAUUCUAUUACCCAUAUCUUAGAAAACUGGGAAGAAAUAAAUGGAUAAGAUUAACAAUAAUUCAUCAUCUUAAUGUUGCUGUCUCUCCUAAACAAAACUGAUCACCGUCAUACAGCAUGUUCAGCCAAGUAACAUAAGCCCUUUGUGUUCUUGGCUCAACAAUUCUAUUUUAAAGUUUCUUAAAGGUUUUUUUAUUAUAUUGCUAUUGCAACAAAGAGCCUGACCUAUUAGUGCCUGCUCUUUGGUCACAUGACAACAGGGUACAAUUAGAAUGACCUGAAGAAAAUGUGAUUGUAGCAACAGUUGGAAUGUUUAUAGAAUUAUUUUUAUUAUCUAUAUGUGAGGGCAAAAAAUAACUAACAUAGAGGAUGUUUGUAAUGAUAUACUAAAUCUAUAUAUAUAUUUUAAUGUGUACCUCUGCAUAUUAAGUUGAAUAGACAUCUUAAUGGCUGAAUUGUUAAAUUGAGGCCAAAAAAAGUAGGGAAAAAAUAUAAGAAGCAUCAUUUGUGCAAAACCACUUUGACGAUUAUAGAUUGUGGAAUGUGGGAUAAAUUCCAUGUUGGGAAGAACUAUUACUGCAAUCUACUAAUGUAUGCACAGGAGAGACUUAUGUUCACACGCUUACAAUCCUGUCUGAGAGGUAAGACGUAAAGUCAAACGUAACGUUAGCUUGAUUUUGGUUGUUAUAUGGGUGCGAGAAGUGUUGGAGUGAUUUGUGAAUCUAUUUAAAGGGACACUCGAAGCACCAUAACUUAUAAAUAUUUUGUUAUUUUUGUCAAACUAUUUUCAAGCCGUUUGACAAAUAAAUGGAGCAUUCUUUAGCUCCCACAGUCCACCACCUCUGUUAAGCAAGUCAUCAAAAAGAAUAUCCCUUUCUUCACUAUAAAUAAAAGAAAUACAUGUAUGGGUAAGCAAGCAUCAUCUGUGCUAAAUCGGAAACAACCAUUUCUGUACCACCAACUUUACACAGGCUUCGUGUGGCUCAACAGCUUUUGUGUAUUUGCCCUCAAACCAUUCUAAUAUGCUGUAGCUAUAAUGCUUGAGAUCUUUCUUUGAAAAGAGCAAGACUUGAAAUAAUAUUUUAAAUGGUUCUUUAUCCCAAAUUUUAAUCAGUUAGAUAUCUCACCUUGGGUUACUUUUUUAAUAAAAAUUGAAUAAAAUCAAUGUACUGUUAUUCACAAGGAAAUAUUAUUGUACAAACAUCUCCAAAAAAUGCAAUAAAUGUCUUUUUCAUCAUGAUUGUGGAAUGAAUGGAGAAGUUGGCCCACCACUGAACCAUAACAUGGAAUUUGGGUGGGACAAAGACUAGUGUUUUUUAAUGUGAGAAAUCCACUUCAGGGAUUUGAUAAUUCUCUAUUUAACCUUAGUGAUUACAGUCAAAUUGCCCAUCUCUGUCAAGGCCAGGGGUUCCAUGGGAUUAAUAUUUAAUUAAUAAAUACUGUGUUUAUGAAUUAUGCGUAGUAGUGUUAAAUUAUUUGCAUCAUAUUUAAAAUAGAAAUGUAUCUUGAAACUUUAAAAAUAAGUAUCACUCCAGAUUUAAUAGAGCAUUCCGUAACUCCUUAAAUCCUGGUGGUUCUCUAAGGACACUUUAUUGACACAAGUCUCUUUUCCGCUAUGUAACUAUGUAAUGACAUUUGGUGGCCAGUGGUUGGAAAACACUGGACUUACAAUUUGUAUAUUGAGGUUAAUGUGUGACAUGUUGCUAAUCGCUUUCUCCCAGACCACACCACUUAUGACCUAUCUUGAUAGUCCCUUCCAAAUUGACAUUUGGAAGAUAAAGGAAUGGCCCAGAGUGCCCUGCAUGCACAUUAAGCCCUUCCCAUAGGAAAGCAUUGAACCAAUGCGUCCUAUGGAGAGUUCACUGAUGCUGGAAGUCUCAAUGCUGAGCAUGAGGAUACAUGAGGAGUAAGGUAAGAAACCGGAAGUGCCUAGAGUGGCUGUCUUAGUACUUUUUUACAUUGCAGGAUUAAGGGUGACAGCGACACUGCAGCCAGAAGACUUCAAUGAGAUUAUAUGGUCUGGGUGCCUAUAGUGUCCCUUUAAUACAGGGGGAACCUUGGAAUGCCUUGAUUUGUUUGACGUGUUUCUAACACCUGCACGAGAGGUGAAUGGAAUAUUGUUUGACGUGUUUCUAACACCUGCACGAGAGGUGAAUGGAAUAUUAAGAUAUACCUUGUGUUUAAGGGGUUAAAAUAAACACACUGUAACUGUAUGCAUGUUUGCAGUAAUCAUCGCACUGUGCUUCUGUUUUUUUAGUAGACUCUGAAUUGUAAUGAAUUGAAAACAAAAUGGCAGCCUUUAGACAAAUAUAGCUUGGAAAAACUAGACUGUAAUCACAGCUUGGUUAUUUUGCCUUUUUUUGCAAUUUGAUCAGUAUUGGUUAAUAUUCAUCACAAAUCAUGCUUUAGUGCACAAAACCCCAUUAUGUGUGGAAAAAUGCAUACAUCUCAACAGUCUGAUGGGAUUGUCCUGGUUUUGUGGUUCUGUCAUGCUGUCCUGGGUUGGUUCCUUGGUAACCCACAUAUGGGAGCACCAGAGUUCUGUCCCCAUGGAGGUUGGCUUGCAUUGCGCUGAAUGGUGUCUGCGCACUUGGACCCUGUAAAUAGCACUUCAGCUGUACUACGUGUGGCGGCCUGGGAGGUUAUCAGUCAUCCUGGUCAUGCCAGGCUGACAGGUCCCUUUUUGGGUGACUUUGCCCACUUUCCAGAAAGGACCACCCAUACUGGGCAAUGCCGGUAAAGCAGGUGUUGUCACUCAUUGGCAGGCCCCCACAGGCCCACCAACCCCCUGUCCCUAUUUCAUACCUCCCAAUGCGUUUAGAUAUGAUAACACAGUCUAUACCAGGCAUAGGCAACCAUCUGCACUCCAGAUGUUUUAAACUACACCUUCCAUGAUGCUUUGCCAGCAUUAUGGGUGUAAGAGCACUAUGGGGAAUGUAGUCCACAACAUCUGGAGUGCCAAAGCUUGCCUACCCCUGGUCUAUACAAUGCUGCAUAUUUCAAACUAAGGUUGGGUUUUCCCUUAAAUCUGAUUAGCGCCUCUGGUAAAUUUAAGAUUGACUGUAAUCUGUAACAAAUACGCAAGUACUGAAUUCCUUAACCUAAGCUGCUGGCACAUAAUUUAACAUUAUUAAAUCUACAGAUACACUGGUCAUAACGCCUUUAUGAGUAAUGAGCAAGUUUGUAUUGAAUGGAUGUUUUGCGAAUAAAGCUUUCAAUAUUUUCAAUGUAAAGACCUCCAUUGUUCAUGGUAUAAUUAGCUAUGGUGUGGCCACCCAUGUUUACAUUAGCUAAUGAUGGAGUUGACAUAGAGAAAUCCCUUUGUGUUUGCAUACUUAAGAGGAGAGUUCCUUAAAUAAGGGUCCUUCUCACUAAACAGUGAAUUGUAGAGAAGCCAUAAUUGAAUAGCACAGUUGAAAAAGUUUACUUCCCCCCUUAUUUGGUUUUAAAUCUAUUUUCAGCUUAUGUUUUUCUUUUCACAGUUAUGAGUUGACUGCCAGAACCCACAGGAAUGAUGUUACAAUAUCAUAGCUAGACCUGGAAAAUAGGCAGACUGGAGUAUAACAGAGCGUUUGGCCUUCAUUUUUCAGUUCAGUUUUCAGUUCACUGGGUUACACUGUUUAGAAAAUAAACCCCAUAUGAUGGAAUCUGUUGGAAUUCCAGAGUAUUCCAGAACAAGAAUUCUCCGUCAAGAGACCACAGAGCCCCUCCAUAAUAUAAGGGCACUUUAACCCCUUGGUUGCCAUUUCCUACCACCUGUAUUUCAAUGACACCCAGAUAUAGUUCUCCCCCCCGAUCUCUACCCCUCUCUCCUAGAAUGUGUCUCUUCCAUCUCUGAUUGGAUGCCUUCCUGCUUUCUGAAACUCAGUCUCUCUAAAACCAAGCUUCUUAUUUUACUCCUAAUAAUAUUGAUACUCCUCUUUUGCUCUCCCUGCAAGUUGAUGGUGCCCACAACAGUGCAUCUUUGCAAGCCUUCGGUCUUGGUGUUGUCUUUGAUUUUGGCUUCACCUUUGCACAUCACAUCCAGUCUGUUGCCAAAUCCUGUUGAUUCCACCUUAAAAACAUUGCACAUGUCCACCCCUUUCUUACACAAGAUGCUGUUAAGAAACUGUUUCAUGGUAUAGUAAUCUAUGUAAUUACUGUAAUUAUCUCUUAAUUUGUCUCCCCAGAAACACUACUGCCUUGCUACCUUUUGUAAUAAUGCUGAUGCCAGGCUGAUUUUCCUAUCACGUUGCUGCUCUCAUUCCUUGAUCCUUUGUCAUUCCUUACUUUGGCUUCCUACCCUAUAGGAGUCAAUUCAAAAUACUAAGCCUUACUAAUAAAGCUUCAAACAACUCUAGCAUACAUUUCUUCACAUAUGUGUAGGUACGGCCCCUUCCUGGUCUCUCCUCUUAACUUGAGACCUACUCCUGUCCACUGCUAGUACCCCUACUGCUAACCAGUGAUUGCAAGACUUCUAUAGGGCUGUGUAAGGACCUCCAGCGUUGCUCAAUUCCCCAUAGGAAAGCAUUGAAAAGCAUUUUCAAUGCUUUCCUAUGGAGAGCUGUAAUGCGCAUGCACGGCAUUGCCGCACGUGUGCAUUAGGUCUCCUCAGCCGGCGGGCGGGAUCAGUCUCGCCCACCGGCUGAUGUAAUCACUGGGAGGAGCGGCGGGUAGCAGAAACCACCGCCGAGGGACAUCGGCGGGGUCUCAGGUAAGUGACCUGAAGGGGUUUUCACCCCUUCAGCUACCGGGGUAUGGGUGGUGGGAGGGAGAGGGGACCUGCAGUGCCAGGAAAAUGGAUUGUUUUCCUGGCACUGGAGUUUCCCUUUUGUUGCUGUCCCCCCACUCUGCCCUUUCAAUUGUGUUUGUCAUGCCCUAUCUCCUCUAGAUUGUAAGCUUGAUUGAGCAGGAUCCUCGUCAACCUUUUGUUCCUGUAACAUUUUGUAAUUGUUUCAUUUAUUGUUAAAUUUCCAUCUUGAUAAUAUUGUAAAGCGCUGCGGUACAAGUUGGCACUAUAUAAAUGCCAAUAGUAAUUAAUAUAAUAAUUAAAGACUGUAUGGUAUUCUUUAUCUCAUAAAAUAUAAAAUGAAUGUAAUAAUAAAACAUUUCCUGAGUAUUUGUUAGGAACAACCUGUAAAGAAGGCUUUCUAUAAAUCCCACCAGAAUUUGAAAAUAAUAUUUGCAUGUUGGUAUAAUGUUCACAUAAAGGAAGUACAUCUGGACAAAACAGGGCAGUCUGCAAAAAUUCCUUGCAUUCUUUUCAAUAUUUUCAGACCCACCCCUUCUACCACUCAUGCUGCUAAAAUACAGCCAUAAAGUUUGUACUACAAAUAUUGCUGUAGAGAAUGAGUAAGGGAGAAAGGCUAUCUUAUACUUUCUAUUUGCAGAGAUGCAUGGGCACAGAAGAAACCGUAGCAGAGAAGUAAGUACUACAUCUGUAGGAUGAAAAACCUCAACGAAGCAAAGAGAAACGUAAAUUGGGGUCUACAGAUAAAAUUACAUUUUGCAUUACUUUGCAACUGCAAAACAUGCUAGCACGAGUCUACAAGUCAAUUGGAGGAAAAGGUUAAUUGCAUGCCACAGAUAGCUACUAAAAGUGCGUAAAUCAGCACAUACUUACAGUUUUUUAACACAAAAUUUAAAUUCCAAUCAUAAUUAACAAUAUUUGUACAGUGAUUAAAAUUGUAUUUUUUCCCCUUUUUUCUCGCUGACCUACUCUACAGUGGCUUUCUGAAUAGUUUAGAUUAUUUAUAAUUUUUUAUAUAUAUAUAUAUAUAUAUAUAUAUAUAAAAUAAAUUUUUUUCAAAAAUCCCGAACUCUUGAGUGUGAGUUAAACAUUUCAUCGCUCAGCCACAUAUUUUUAGAAAUGUCAGCAAAUAGCAUAUUGUUAUACCCUCCUGGCAGGUCACAUAUCACAUCUGCAGGAAACAUUGGCUUGGUGUUAUGACAAAGGAUAAUCACAGCUGUUCACACAAAUUGCGCAAUACGGAGAUAUGAUGGUGACUUUGGGAUUGUGUUACUUAAUAGGGAUCUAGCGUGCAGUAUAUGGCAUUCUAAUAUAGCAGACCAAUAAAAUUAACCUCUUCACCACUGUUAUUUUUUGAGAAAAUACUUGUAGUAUCUAUGUAUCAUCAUUUUAGGGAUAUCAAUAAUUUUGUGCUUAGACUGCUGUUCAAGGAAAUAUAAAAAAUAUAACAUUUGUAAUAGGGUUUAUAGAUCUUCUUGGGAUUUAGAACUUUUGAGAAAGAAUAUUGUGAUAACUUACCCUUGUUUUAGGCAUUGUUAAGAAACUAUAUUAAAGGGACACUGGAGGCAUUGUAUCUGCUUCAUCUCAUUGAACUGGACAUACUGUCUGGAGUCCCCUGGUUCUGUCUUUUUCAUUAAGUGUUAAAUUGUUUUUAAUGAUAUUAUGUUUAAAUGAUAAACAAGAAUCGUCAGAAGUCCAUCCUCCCUGUGCUGCCUGGGCUAAUGAGGAAGUAUUUACCUGAGCUGCAGUGGGCAGCUGUGAUUGGCUGAGAGUGUCAUCUUAAUGCUUUUAGCGUAUCAGAGCAUACCAGCGUACCAUUGCCUGUAUGAAUGAGUAUGACUACAAGCAAGUAUUUAAUCUCUGCCUUAUCCAUACUUCCAGUCAGGGUCAGGCUGUGGGUGGCUAAAGAUUCUUAUUUAGUGUUAAACUGCUUGAAAACAGAAGGACAGUGCGAGGGGACUCCAGGCACAAUAAUUAAUUCAGAAAGAUUUUUUUUUUUAUAGUGACUACAGUGUCUCUUUAACUCUGUUAUACAAAGUGUUACCAAUUUGUACAGAUUCAAUGUAAAGAGAAAGAGCUCUGUAAAAUAUUUUUACCAUAUCAAUCUUUUUUUGGGGGGGUGGAGGGAGGGUUCUGUAAAAGUGUUAAAAAGAGUAAAUUAUAUUUUUGACUCAGGGAGUAGUGUGUGUUUCAUACUGACAAUGAACUUGUUGGCCCUAUAAUAUAUGUGUUGGUUUUGAAAAUAUUGUUAAUAGUACUUUUCUUAAGCUAGUUAGUUAUGUAUUUUACUAUAGUUUAAUCACUAUUAUAUGGGGGAAACGGGUAGAAGACAACAUGUAUAGGACUAGUUGGUAUUUCUGAAGCAAUGAUACUUACUAAUUAUUAACACCAGAGGUGUUUGGUAUGUAGUUUUGCAUAUGUGCAUGUUUAAUUGAUUCAGUGUUGGGCAGUAUUGUCUUAAUUAACACAUGUAGGUACCAGUGAUAUCAACAUUCCAAUUGCAAAGUUUUGAAAAUCAUGUUGCCUUUUAUUCCAUUGCAGGAGUAUUCUGGAUCUGAGUAUGGAUAACACUGAAUCCGAGUUGUCGACUUGCCCACUAGUGAAUGGUGAGGUUCACACUGUAGUCAAACCUGAGAGACCAAGAGUGAUAUCAAAAACUGGACACAGCAAUGUGAAGAUUGACAAAGUGGAUGGUGUCUUUCUUCUUUAUCUUCAAGACUUAUGGACAACUGUGAUUGAUAUGAAAUGGAGGUAUAAGCUCACCUUAUUUGCUGCCAGUUUCUUCCUGACUUGGUCCUUUUUUGGUGCCAUCUAUUUUCUCAUUGCAUUUGUUCACGGAGAUGUUCACAAUGAACUCUUGACCAACCACACACCAUGUGUUAUGAAUGUAGAUUCAUUCACAGGAGCUUUUCUGUUCUCCCUUGAGUCUCAGACAACAAUUGGUUACGGGUUCCGUUUCAUUACUGAAGAAUGCCCCCAUGCUAUCUUCCUUCUGGUUGUACAACUAGUCGUUACAACUUUAAUUGAAAUCUUCAUUACUGGGACAUUCCUAGCCAAGAUUGCAAGACCAAAAAAACGUGCUGAGACUAUUAAGUUCAGCAAUCAGGCGGUAGUGACAAAGCAUAAUGGUAAGGUUUGUUUAGUUGUACAAGUGGCAAAUAUGAGAAAAAGCCUCUUGAUACAAUGCCAACUUUAUGGGAAACUUCUUUCUACGUACGAGACAAAAGAAGGAGAGAAGAUUUUGCUCAAGCAAUCCAAUAUGAAUUUUCAUGUGGACUCUUCUUCUGAAAGCCCUUUCUUGAUUAUCCCACUGACCUUUUACCAUGUACUUGAUGAGAAAAGUCCUCUUAAAGAUCUGACAGCAGACAACAUAAAGACUAAAGAGUUUGAACUGGUUGUUCUCUUAAAUGCCACAGUUGAAUCUACCAGCACUGUCUGCCAGAGCCGAACAUCUUAUCUUCCGGACGAGAUACAUUGGGGUUACGAAUUUGUUCCUGUUAUUUCUUUAUCUCCUCAAGGAAAGUAUGUUGCGAAUUUUCGAAAUUUUGAUAAGAUUAGAAAAUGUUCGUAUGAAGAACAUUUUUGCUACACCAAUUUUGAGAAACAAAGAUUGGAAGAACAGUAUAGGCAAGAAGAAUUAAAAAACAGAGACACACAGACGGUUGGCUUAAUGCAAACAAAUGUUUAGUACCAUACUCCAUCAUCAUUAUAGGUGUUCACAAUAUAUGAAGUAUUGUGAUGGGCUUGUUUUUUUUUUUAUUCUUUAGAUAUUGCCAAAUAUGAUAACAGUGGACACAUAUGGCUGCCAGCCUGAUCACAUGCCACCACCAACAGUUUCAUACACUGCCAGAUGUCAACCAUAAACUGUGACUUCAUAAAAUGUGCUAGAUUCCACAGUAUUUGCUGCAAAAUAUAAUUUAAGCAGCUAAAUGAAAAGUUAUCCUACUAUUGAAAAAUAACUACAAGAUCCUUACUUAAAUCAAUGCAAAACAAGACAUUUGAUGUGAUUUUGCCCAAUCCUGGGAUUGUCUGAUAAAUCAUCUAAAACCACAUUUAUCUUUAAGUGUUUGGAUUGCAUUGAUGAACCGAUGAACAACAAAAAAAAAAAGUUAUUGGGGAUCAUUAAACUGACAUUAAACUUGCAUUUUUUUCAUUUUUUGUUUUUAUAAUAAAAGCAAAAGUUAAAAUAUUGCCACCACUACUCAAUAAUAUGUAACUUUGCAGAUACGUUCCAUUUUCAUUGACUGUGAUAUUCCUCACAGUAUGAUGUGUAGACAUCAUACUGAGAUUCGAAGACAAUCAGAGGUGGCUCUUGGAAACAACCAAUAAGGCAGGGACCAUUAUUAAUGCAGUAGUAUAUAUUGGUUCCAUCAAAGUUGGAUUCUCUCACCAUAGGUUGCAAGGAGUAAGCAUUAAGGCAAAUCUUCAUUUUUUUAACAUGAACAGAUUUUUAUGGGUGGAAAGUUGAAAGUAAGCGGAAAAACUUACAGACUAUGGUCAAAAGAGACCAGACUGGACAAUUUACCUCUACAGCAGAAGUUGUUUAAUUGGGACUCUCUAUGUUGAGGUAUAACUGCAGACACAUGCAAUAGUGUAAUAAGAGCAUAUGACUGAUAAGGAUGAAUUCAUUCAACAGUGACCAAUCAAAUUGAAGUGAUAACUUAAUUGGCAACAUUUAGGCCAAAAAAGAUCAUUUAGAGAUUUGAAUAUAUUUUUAAUAGAGUCAUAUACUGUUCAGAUCAGUUAAAAAGAAGCUGGUCAGCUGCUAACGUUAAAGGAUAUAAUCUGUCUUAAGUAAAUUCAAAUAAUUGUAAUAUUUUAGAAUGAAUGUAUAUUUUCGACAGGUUUGUUUUUAAAAAUAGCAUUUCAUUUGCACAAUUUUGUAUUUCAUUGUUAGGGUGGUGUACGGUUCUGUGAAGACGUAAGUCAUGUACGACUAUAUUUUAUUUUUGUACAGUAAUGUUUUAUUUUUAUGUUAUAUGUAAAUGGAAAAUGUAUUAAAGCAUACAAGCUGUGCCCUCAACUACCGCAACAAUAAUA